GCGGGACUGGAAGUAGAAGCAGCUGCCUGCGAGAGCAGCAGAGGGGAGUCUGUAGACAGAGAGCAUCGAGAGUCUGAUCAUCUCCUCGGUGUGUAUUCUUCUCGUGACUUUUUAUUUUUAUUUUGUGUACUCAGCCAUCACUAUGUGUGUGACUGUGUUUGCUGUUACAAUGUGUCUGUGUGUAUGUGCUAUAGAAUGACAGAGAACACAGGAUUCUAUGUAGAAUGAUGUCUGUUCAUAGGAGACAUUCAGAGCAAUGCUCAUUCUUUCUCACUAGUUUUUUUGCUCUUUAGGUAGUUUUUAUGGUCAGUGUGCUAGCCAGGCAAGCCCAGAGUUCCAGGAUGUGCUCUGUAUACACUGUGCUGGGCUAUCUAAAUGUUUGACACAUUUGUGGGUGGAAUUAAAUUUCCAUUUAUUCACCGUUUGUCGUGUGUUUGAUGACAAACGUUGAGCAAAAAAAGAUAUCCACUAAUGUAUAUUACAAAUCAAAAAGGACAACAGUGUGUUUGAUCACAUUCAAUUCACAAUUGCAUUAUUGAUUGAUUUAAAAAAUAAAAUAAAAUUAAAAAGCAGCAGGUGGCUGGUUUUGUAUACAGUAUUUGUUAUAAUCUAAAGUAAAAUAAUGUAUUCUAAUGAAUACAUUACAACAAAUAUAAAGUUAUUGUUUGUUUUAUUUGUUAAUGUUCUGCAACCAACUCCUGAAAUAUAUUUAAUAGUAACCAUUGUGGUGAGAGAAUGAGCAGUGUCAGUUUUGGGGAUAUUAUUAUUAUUAUUAUUAUUAUUAUUAUUAUUAUUUGCAUUUAUAUAGCACCAGCUAUAGAAAUGCCAAUAAUCAGUUUGUUAUGGGUUUUGGGUUUUUUUUGGUUUCCUUUUCUUUUUUUUUUCUAUCCCUUUUUAAUUCAUAUUUAAAAAAACAAUCCUCCCAAAUCUUCAACUCUCAUUGUCUGUAUAAUGAUGUAUAUUCACGUUAAUAGCUUGUAAGUGCAAAUAAAAUAACUGUUAAUAAAAAUAUCCUUAGAAUGUGAGAAGCUCUGCUGUAGUUGAUGUUGAUAAUAACUUUAUGCUAUUUAGUGUAUGCUUAAAGGUGCUGUCUCCUAAGUUUCACAUAAACUUUGUCAAAUCCCGGAAUAGUUUGUAUUUGCCACUUACAGGGUUAUUUGCUAAAGUGAGAAUUCGAAGUGAAUUUAAAUUUUAAGCCAGAUGGAAAUCAUAGCUAACUUAGAUCAUUUUUUUCAGUUUGACUGUUAUGACUUUAAAUUUGAAAUUCAUUUUGAAUUUUCGCUUUAGACUCUAAUAAUCCUGUUAGAGGAAAUCAUGUCCUACACACUUAGAUGCUCUUCAACAUGGAAAAUAAAAAGGGUAUGUAGUAGGUGAUGGGGCAGCAAAUAAUGGCAUGCGAGGCUGCUGGAUACAAACUUGCUGGGGAGACCUCAGGAUCUCCCUCGGAGCAGGCUUGACAAGUGGGACUUAUUCAGAUAUUUCUCAAUUCACUCAUGGUAGUGAAUUGGGAGGAAGUGAUCUCAGACCUCUUCCUCGCAGUGCUUGAGAAGGAGAAAUCGCACGGGAGGCUGAAGCCCACUUUUUAGAAAACAUCCUGAAUAGAACUGGGUUUAAAACUAUCGUAGCCAGCAGACACAGUUUAUCUAUUUAACAGAAAGAGGCAUGUGGCAUUUUAUGUCUCAGUUUGGAGAGGUUUAUCUUUGGGGAGUUGCAGUUGCCCUUGGAUUUCCACUGAGAUAUUAAAGCUGUUAGAUCUCUCUGAUAUUGUCUUGAACAUUUAUAGAAGGUGGAAGAACACUUGGCAUCUCUGAAGGCUUGAUCCUUAUUUAAUUUCUGAUUUAUUGUAAUCAUAAAUCACAUAACAACUGAGGAGUCAAUUCAAGGUACUAAUUCACUCCUAUAAAGCACUGAACAAUUCUAGCCCCUCUUAUAUCUACUCACAGAUCCAUUGGUAUGUCCCUUCUCGGCCUCUCCACUCUGCCCAUGACCACCUCCUGUCCGUUGUCCGCACCCGUACGGCCAACUCACGCUUGCAGGACUUUUCACGUUCGGCUCCCUUCCUAUGGAAUAGCCUGCCUACCGCCAUCAGACUCUCCCCUAGUCUUGCAUCUUUUAAGAAGUGCCUUAAAACCCAUCGCUUUAGGAAAGCUUACAGCCUCCCAGACUAACCUCUACCUCACAUACCUGUCUCUUGCUCUCUCCUAAAGGGCAGCCCACCUUAUUUGACUGCAAAUACCUGUCCUAAUGUGUUUUACACCCCACCUCUUAUAGAAUGUAAGCUCGAUUGAGCAGGGUCCUCUUCAACCUAUUGUUCCCAUACGUUCUUUGUAAUUGUCCUAUUUAUAGUUAAAUCAUAAUAUUGUAAAGCGCUGCGGAAUCUGUUGGCGCUAUAUAAAUGGUCAUAAUAAUAUCUUAAUGGGCACCGGUAAUGCCCCAAACCUACUUUUUCUCUUUUAAAAUGGCUUAAAAUGUAAUUUAUACAUAGUGGUAGCAGUUUUGCAAGCAGAUCUAUAGAUGGGAGGGGGAAAAAAAACACUACUUAAAAAUAGGCUUUUUUUUUUUACCUGUCAAUCAAUUAUUCGGCAUAGACUGAAUGCCAAAAUUUUGAUUAAUAGCAUAGGCGGUCCUUCUGCUCUCCAUGCAUAGGGAGUAUAGAAACGACGUGAGUGACAUCACUUUGUUCAGACGCCAGCAUUCUGCCAUCAUUAAGAAGGUUUGCCCUGCUUGUGGUCGAAUCCGUGAUGAACGUAGGAGGAAUGAUGGCAGACCAGAGGUGGGUAUUACAAAAGUGUAGCACCCACCUCUAUAAUGAGAUUUCAGUAGGGGAGCAGAGGGUCGGGUAAGUGGUAGCAGGUUCCAUUUAAAAUUCUGGGCUAAUGAGAUAAUGUGUUCUGGAAAGAAAACUGUUCAUUGAAAAGCUACACUGACGCACCCCUUACCGUGGUAAAAAAGUUUGACUACAGGUACUUGCAAUGGGAUGGCCAAAGUACUCCUGCCAUCAGAACCACUACAGUGGUUAUCUAGGCAGGUGAAUUUUAACUGCUAUAUAAAGACAUGAACAUGGAAAGGGGUAGUGGAGGUGCCUGACUAUAAUUUGAUAAUUCCUCCCCCCCACCCCCCAUCCCAAUCAAAUCGUAGUUCAAGCUUUAGCCAGAUUAUUAUUAUUAUUAUUGCCAUUUAUAUAGCGCCAACAGAUUCUGUAGCGCUUUACAAUAUUAUGAGAGGGGGAUUUAACUAUAAAUAGGACAAUUACAAAAAACUUAUGGUAACAAUAGGUUGAAGAGGACCCUGCUCAAUCGAGCUUACAUUCUAUAAGAGGUGGGGUGUAAAACAUAUUAGGACAGGCAUUUGCAGUCAAAUAAGGUGGGCUGCCCUUUAGGAGAGAGCAAGAGACAGGUAUGUGAGGUAGAGGUUAGUCUUGGAGGCCAUAAGCUUUCCUAAAGAGAUGGGUUUUAAGGCACUUCUUAAAAGAUGCAAGACUAGGGGAGAGUCUGAUGGCGGUAGGCAGGCUAUUCCAUAGGAAGGGAGCCGCCCGCAAGAAGUCCUGCAAGCGUGAGUUGGCCGUACGGGUGCGGACAACGGACAGGAGGUGGUCACGGGCAGAGCGGAGAGACCGAGCAGGGACAUACCUAUGGAUCUGUGAGGAGAUGUAUAAGAGGGGCUAGAGUUGUUCAGUGCUUUAUAGGUGUGAAUUAGUACCUUGAAUUGACUCCUAUAGCAUACAGGAAGCCAAUGUAAGGACUGGCAGAGGGGUGAGGUGUGAGAGAACAGACUAGAGAGGAAAAUCAGUCUGGCAUCAGCAUUCGUUACGGACUGUAGCGGUGCAGUACGGCUUUUGGGAAGACCAAUCAGGAGAGGGCUACAAUAAUCCAUGCAGGAAAUUUACUAGAGCAUGGACAUGCUCAUUGGUAGCAUCUUGUGUAAGAAAAGGCUGGAUGCAGGCUGUGUUUUUAAGAUGGAAUCUACAGGAUUUGGCAACAUACUGGAUGUGAGGCUCAAAGGUGAGGCCAGAAUCUAGUACGACACCAAGACAGCGCGCUUGCAAGGAUGGACUGAUGUGGGUACCACAAACUUGAAGGGAGAGCGAAAGAGGAGGAUCAGUAUUAGGAGGAGGAAUUGCCGUGCUUGUACUUGCUCUCUCACAAGCUGCAUUUUGUCAGAGCCUGGAAGAGUAAACUUUUACCCCUCGAUUCUUUUCAUACACAUCUGUCUGUUCAGACUAGUAGCUGAAUAUCAAUAAGAUAGGGGAAGGAAAAACCUAGCAUAAAGUUUAAAAAUACAUGCAGGGCUUUAUUCCAUAAACACUGAUUUUUAGUGAGUUAACAACCAGUUGACAAAUUUAGGCUAGAAUAGGUCAAAUUAAAUUUCCAGCUAGGCUGUAGUCACAGCUUGACUAUUGUAGCCUAUAUUUAGCAAUUUGGUUUUCAAUUCACGUUAUUUCAAUGUUUAGUGAAUAAACCCCCCCCUAGUAACCUACAAAAUCUCAGGGCUGCUUACAUUUAUCUUCAUCGCUUUAGCCAUUUCUUUGUGUGUGAAAUCUUAAUUACUGUUAUUGCUUAAAUUAACAUUCCAGGGCUGAAACCUAGGGUGACAUAAGACACUAACAUUACACAAGUCAACUUGCUAUUGUCAUGUCUUCACCUCCUGAGGCAAAAAGUAAUGUUUUGAGAGCAACACAUUGUUCUCAUUCUGUCAGCUAUUAAAUGCUGGAUAUGUACUGUAUGUGUCCUCUUCUGAGGUGGAGUUUUUCUUGUCUUCUUAAUCCACGCAGUGACCAUCAUAUGAAAUGUAUGUCUUUUGUGGUCUUGGUACAGGGAGGCCCACAAAAUUGUGAGCAAUGAUCUUGGCACAAUAGUGAGCAUGGGAUAUUUUCUUAUCUUAAAGUAAACCUAUAGUCCCAAAAAUAAUUAGUUCUUUUGGGACUGUAGAUUCUCCUAUGUUAUCACUGAUCACCCCCGUUUGCUGUGUAAAAUCAUGUUAAAAUAAAUGUACUCAUCUGGGACUACGCCAACGCAGCCUCCAGCAUACAAGCUGAGAUCACCCACUAUCUCCUCCAAUCCAUUGUACAGAGCAGGAAUGGAUUGUAAGUAGGCAUGUGCAGCCAAACACAGCAGUGCUCCAAUUAAAUGCUGCCAGCAGUUUCACUUGGUUCUGGAGGAUCAAGUGCCUCUAAAGGCUGUGAGGAAGAAAGCCAAUAGAGGUGUUCAAAAUAACAGGAUCACUGCACACAGACCACUUCAUCUUAACCCUGCAAUGUUAAUUAUUGCAGUUUUUGAGAAACUGUAGUAAUUACAUUGCAGGGCUAAGACUGCCUCUAGUGGCUGUCAGACAACCACUAAAGGCACUUCCUGCUUCCUUGGCGACUUUUGGUCGCCUGACGCUGGACAUUCUCACACUCUGCAACAAGCGUCACUUAAAUCCCAAUAGGAAAGCAUUGCAUCAAUGCUUCCCAUGGUGAGGGCCUAAUGUGCUCGCAACGCACGCGCAUUAGCGCCUACCCCGACUUCAGAUUAGGUGGAGCGCCAAGGGACAUUAAUGUUAAAGUCUGGUUUAUUAACUACUCCUGGAGGGGGUGUUAGAGGAAAGUAUAGUCCUAGGAAUACAUCCUUUUAAGAUGAAUUGGUCCUUUUGAAAGAAAUAUUGUUAUGCCUAAUGACUGAGGUCUUGCUGUACCUUCAGUUAGUCUGCCAAGUGUAGAAGAUGCAUUACAAAUACAACUGCCAGAGUGUUUGAAUGCAUUGUUUAAAUUUGUAUUUUAUUUAGAACUCAAAUUCCAAAAAAGAUACAAUUCAUCUCCUAGAGAGUUUGUUUGCAACCCUGGUGUGCAAAACCAUUUGCUAUUAUAUGCUGGCUCUUGCUUUGAUGGCAAAGGUACAAUUAAAACAAGAUUUUAAAUAGAAAUUUGGUUUAAAAACGAGUUGCCCAUUGUGAAAACAAUUUAAAAAACAAGGGAUAUAGGCGCUCGCUAUAUUAUAAUGCAGGCUGCGGUAUACAAUGCAAGGAUUCCCAAAAACCUUGUGUGGUGAAUAGACCAAAAUAGAGUGUGGCGUAUACUGCGCCUUAAAGUUCAUACAUACAGGGGGGGGGAAAAAAGGAAGGAAGACAAAUAAUAGUGCAAUACAAUAUGAUACAAUCAAAAUGAUAUAAGUAGUCGCUAUAAGAAAACCACUCGCAUAUACUAGAGCUAAUUAGAGCUCUGCUGUAUAGCGCAUGGACGGUACAAUCACCGCCUAAGGUUGAAGUGCUGAUGGUCCUCCAGGUGCCAAUGAUGUAUAUUAGAAGAACAAAAUAAACUCCAAUGGUGCAGUAAGUACUAGUAUAUAAAAUAAAUAAAAUGAAGAAAUGUACUUACAUUCUUUAGAGCAAGACUUGCUCUAGUUAAAACAGCAUGGGUGGUAUAAUCCCCACCUAAGGAUGUAGAUGGUGUCAGGAAUCAAGCCAAAUAUUUACACUUUUGAAAAAGCCCUUUGGACGGGCGAAAUGCGUCAAGUGGGACUUAUUCUUUUAUUUUGCAUUUACUUUAUUGUUAAUAUACCUUUCUAAUAACUAGUUACUUCUUUAUAGUACUAUUUAUUUAUUUAUUUAUUUAUUCACUUUUUGGCUUGAUUCCUGACACCAUCUACAUCCUUAGGUGGGUAUUAUACCACCCAUGCUGUUUUAACUAGAGCAAGUCUUGCUCUAGAGAAUGUAAGUACAUUUCUUCUUUUUAUUUAUUUUAUAUACUAGUACUUACUGCACCAUUGGAGUUUUCUUUUGUUCUACUUCCUCCUAUAUAUAUCAUUGGCACCUGGAGGACCAUUAACACUUCAACCACCAUACAUCCUUAGACGGGGAUUGUACCGUCCAUGCGCUAUACAGCAGAGCUCUAAUUAUCUCUAGUAUAUGUGAGUGGUUUUCUUAUAGCGACUACUUAUAUCAUUUUGAUUGUAUCAUAUUGUAUUGCACUAUUAUUUGUCUUCCUUCUUUUUUUUCCUGAGAUUUACUACAUUUCCCCGAAGGUCUAUGUAUGAACGAACUUUAAGGAGCAGUAUACUCCACACUCUAUCAUUGUAAAAAAAAAAAAAAAAAAAAGACCUUCAAAGCUAGUUAAUUCCUAUGACCUCUCUAGUCUCUAAUUAACCUAUUAUAAAAUUGCUUUUCUGUUUGCAAGUAAACAAAUUGUAGUACAUACAUUUUUAUUUGCUUAUCUUUAUAUUAAUUUGAUCCUGUCUGUCUCCAUGUCUGUUUGUUUUCCAGAGGGAAAAAAUGUUGAGAUUUCUUGUAACAAGUAUGUUACAUUUUUUAAACAAAACAGUGCCAGUCAUUAUGGUUUAAUUAUAGUGUCAACAAUGCAGAUCUUUUCAAGAAUGUUAAACUUGUGUGUGGUUUGUCUUCUGGAAGUUUGUUUCCAGAGUUGCAUUCUGAAAAGGCAGUAUGGUGCUCGUAGUUUUUUUUUUUUUCUCUCCCUUAGAGGCUGUCAUACAACCUAUAAAGAAAUGUCCACGUUAAAGGGUUACUCCAAGAAAAAAAAAAAAAAAAGUUUUAUUAAGAAAUAAGGAUAAGUUUACCUGUGAUCCUAGGUCCAGGCCAAGUUCUUCCUGCAGCCCGAUCCUCAUCUGGUGACAUCACUCCCCUCACUGCAGGGAGAGGGAUGUCAGCAAGAUUUUGGGCAGCACAGAUGAGUGUCUAUACAGCCCUUGGUCAUCUGUCACAAGCGUUUUGUGUGCUGAUGACAGAUGCCAAACUUGCACAGAAUUCAUAUUGGCGAGUACCAUGACCACCUCAGUGAUUUGAAUUGUUGUGGUGCUUGUAGUCUGUAUGUGCAGAGUUUCAAAAUGAAACUUGCACAUUGCUGCCCGAAGAGUUGGUUCACAUCUGGCAAUGUCUUUCUGGGCUGGCUAAUGACACUGCCAGAUGUGAACCAACUCUUCGGGCAGCAAUGUGCAUUAAUGCUGUAUGUGCAAAGUUUCAUAUUGAAACUCUGCACAUACAGACUACAAGCACCAUAACAAUUCAAUUCACUGACUUGGUCAUGGUACUUGUAGUAACCCUUUUUAAUACAUUACAUUGAAUGCAUGAAGAUGUUGAACACUGUUAAUGCUUCUCAAAAAGAAUUAUUGGAUUCAGUUGGAUCUGAUUGAUGGAAUGCGGUGAUUGGUGUGCAUAUGCGUUAGGAUUAGAAUGUUCGCGCUGAAUUACAGGUAAGUUUAAUGGCAAUGUUUUAUUAUUAUCAUCAAAAGGAGGUGGACCAUAAUCCACAGCAUAAGAGCAGACUAAAGCUAAUUAAAGAUAAUUAUAUUUAAUUUUCACCUUUGGGUGUUUCCAUAAUUAAAAUUAAAGCCAGUUUAGCUAGAGGUGUACAACUCUCUCUCUUCCUCUCCCUUGUAAAUGUGACAUUUAUAAGCUGGCAAUAAAGGUAGAAAGAAAAAAAAAAAAGUAGGUGUUAGUUGGCUUUGAGGUUUUUUUUUUUUUUUAAUUUAUUUUUUUAUGCUUUAUCCAGAUAAGAGAUUUUUUAACAUACCCAUAUUGUAAUCACAUAGUCUGAUAAAGUGUGAAAAUUAGGUUUAUUUAUCAAAUGGCAAUUUUUGGUGAAUUGAAAACAGAAUUACAGAAUUUAUGCACAAUGGCAAAGCUCUCAUAAGUACCACCACAAAAGGGGAAAAAAUUGGAGUUGUUGUCCCCCAGCCCGGUAGGUAACCAGGGGCUGAAGGGCAACAGCACCAAUCUCACCUGUAGUUCUCCCUAAGGUAAGGGAACAACCCUGCUAAACAAUCUUGUGAUCACACAAUAGCAAAGCUGUGUAUACUAUAUAGUUGAGCUUCCUGAUCGGCUUCUUUAGCCUAAAUUUCUUUUUUGGUUUACUAACAUUUUGGUGUUUAGAUGGCUUUGUUUACAGAAGUGGAUCUGUGGUCCAGGUGUACUUUUCUAUUCAACAGAAUUAUUACCACUGAAGCAAUUGAUAAAAUGUAGAGGAGAGUUAGCAAGUAAGGCAAAGGAUGUGGAGGUGCAACAUAUCAAAUGGUCAAAUCAUUUUAUAGGAGUGGUCUGGGUGAAGUGCUCCUGUCCCCCUUACCCGUGCAGUAUUAAGUUCACCUCUAUUGGCGCUUUCUGAGCAUGCACAUUAGAUCUUCCUUUGGUGUGACGUUGUAGGAGUAGGAGAUUAAGCCAGUGCAGAGGGAGCCUUGGCGCAGGAAAGAGGUAAGGGUUUAAAUCCCAUUCAUGUUUUCGGGGGGGGGGGGCUGGGGGGAGCUGAGAUCUAGUAUGUUAAGGAAUACAGGUUUGUAUUCCUAACAAAAACAGGUUUACGUUACUUUAAUUUUAGAGUGUAAAUAGUGGUGUGGCUACCGGUGGGGCUGUUCUUAGACAUUUUUAGGUGACAUAUUAAUCACAAUUUCUUCAACAGGUUUAUUCACCAAAGUAAGAGUUGCCAGGAUUUCAAAUGUAAGGUCAAAAUAGCCAAACUGCAAAAAAAAAAAUAAUACUGUGCCUUAAAGACAUUACCGUGAGUAUUAUUGCUGUGGAGCUCAGCUAAACACAUUUAGACACUUACAAUAUGGAGUUCCUCGAAAAGCGGGACAACAGGAUAGACAAGAGGGGCAAAAUUAUUUGAAACAAAAAUAAGGAUUGUCCCACCUAAAUAGGGAUACUUGGGAAGUAUACCACUGGGCCACUAACAUACAUUAGCUGUGGGCUGCAGCCUCCCACUAUUCUGUGGAUUAAAAUAGCUGAAGGUGCAUUGUAAGUCUGUUAGUAAAGUACUGCAGAAUUUAGGCAACAUUCAAGAUUUGUGUAGGGGCUUGCUAGUGCAACAUUGCAUGGAAUUGUGUAUUGGCUGGUGUCUACGAAACUUAAAGUCCAGAUCUGGACUAGACCACUUUGUAGGCUGUUGUAUCUAGGGCACACCGUCUGAUGAAUAAAUAUAAAAAUGUUUUUUUCCUCUUCCAAAGCUGGCUCUGCUGGGACUGAAUUGUAUUGUGAUUCUAUACUGUUAGGAAUGCAAAUAUGUAUUCCUAACGCUAUAGUACCCUCUGGUUCCCCACGCCUUCCUUGUGGCGCACCCCUACCCCCCGCUUGCACACAAAGGGUUAUAUAACCCUUUAAUCAAUUAACCAAUUCCUUGGGUCAUGCUCUGCCUCCUAUGAUGUUAUCUGACGGGACUUAACGCGCAUGCACAGCAAGUGCCACGAGCGCAUUAGGCCUUCUCCAUAGGGAUUACCUCCUAUGGGAAUUUCACUGACGUUGAAUGUUCUCUGGGACACUGCACCAGACCACUUCAAUGUGCUGAAGUCGUCUGGGUGCUUAUAGUGUCCCUUUAAACCCUUAGUAUACAUUUUUAAAAGAAAAAAGUGCGUUACAUGGCAAGAAAGAUUAUUAGAAGUUAUAGAUGAUUUUCAAUGGUUUAAUCAACGGAGAGAAGCAACUGAGCCCUUUAAGGAGCAAAUUUAAAGUUUGUUAUAUAAAAGUAACAAUAGUGAGAUGUAAAAUGAGCUUCUUAUUGAAAAGAAAAGUGGAUUAAUACCAAGGCAGUAUCCUGUGGCAAAACCAAUUAUGAUGAGGCUAGUGUCAAGAUUGAUUUGCUCUUUCAGGAAACUAAUUUUCGUCCAGGUUUCAUUCAAUGCGCGAACUUUACAUAAGCUAUAUCUCUGGGGGGGAAAAUGCAUUCGACUUACCGAUAAAACUGUAUUUGAUGCAUCAUGAUUAAGCAUACUUAUAAAUAGCAACGUUUUCAGGCCUCGUCCUUGAAACAGAUAUUACUAAGAAAUAAAGCUGUCUUAAAAGUGGUGGCAUCUAAUUUCCCUAUCUUUAUAGGAAAAUUCUAAAGCACUUAAAGAAGGUGGUCAGGGACUUAACUUGACACGGCAUACACGCAUUCCUAUUCCCUAUGGCACAGUUAAUGUUUGUGGUCUUGUUAGCAUUUACUAUAUUGUCUUAAAUGAAUAACUUCCAUACAGUUUAAUGAUUGACACUACGACAAAUCAAAAUUGUAAAGUAGGUGCCUUUCACCUCUCUAACAUGGCCCAGUUCACUUCAACCAGAAAUAGUCACUCCUCAAUGUGGUGGAAUCUCUUUACAUUUGUGUGCAUAUGAAGUGUGUCCAUCCUGGACUUCAAUUGUGCAAUUAUCUAUAUACCAUUCAUAUUGAAAUUGACUUUGGUGGCUGUACAGCUUGUAUAAAGCUGGGUUCCAUGCAUAUUAAAGACUAUCAUGACUAUUAUUUCAAGUCAAGAGUUAUGACUGCUGUAAUAGAAUUUUAUUUUUUGGGUGGGGGGGUUUGGCUCCAGGGCACAUACCCAAGUUAUUCACUAAAUUGAGAAUUGUCGGAAAUUCAAAGAGCGCUUAAAAAUUUAGACCAAAAUAUAAUGUAAAUAUUAAAUGAAUUCCAGGGAAUUCUCACUUUAGUAAAUAACCUGAAAAAUUUGGAAUACUUAUUUUGCAUGCUUCAAAAAAAAAUGGCUUGGAGCAUCCUUUCAAUAAAGAAGCUCCUGCUAGAACGUUAGUGGUGAGCAGUAGCUAGUUUUUAGAACCAUGGCUUUUUGUAUCUACUUCCAUGAUUUCUGUAUGUGGACUGACCACGGAACACCAUCUGUUUAAUGUCAUUGAUUCCAAAGAUGUGCUAGAAAUGUUAACACCUAUAUGAAGUAAAUGGUCUCUGAUACAGUGUCACUCUUUGCUUCCUUUUUAUAAUGAAGAUGAAGACUGCUCAUAUUGGCCUUUUCUCUAUAAUAUGAAGACCCUGUUCUCUCCUUGGGCUUGUUCACGUUGCUAAUGGCAUCGGAAUCCAUGCUCCCUGCUCAAGCCAAGACUCAACAAACAAAGGGACGGAGGCAAAUCCAUCAUGACAAGCCGGUGACCGCCGACAAUGAGGGAGAUGUAUCUUUUGUCUUUGAAGCGGAUGAGGCAUGGAAAGAUUUUCACAGUUCACUUCUUCAUUUUUAUGAAGUGGGAGAGCUCUGUGAUGUCACCCUUAAGGUAAACAUUUAUUUUUCAUUUUAAAUUCCAGCUGUCAUUUACCGAUUUAUUAAAUUUUAAGUGUUGUACAAUUUAUCACUAUUUGCCGUCUGUCUUUGCUGCCCAAUUGUUCAUAGGGUACUGCAAAUGCUUCUGUUUUUACCAAACCCAAACAAAUUCAUAAUAAACAUGGAAUAACCCAAAGACUUUAUGUACUAGAACUACAGGUGGUCCUCACUUUGAGACCUACCUGCUUUACAACUGCUCGGAUUUGUGACCAGCUCUCUAGCGUGGGGACUUAAUGGAUUCCCCACGUUAGAAAGCUAUCUAUGUUUUGGGAAUUUUCCCCGCACAUAGAUUCGCGGGAUUCAAAGCGCUAGUGAACUGGUCUAUGAUCAGGGGAGUCCUAAGAACAGAACUUGGUCGGUGAGUGAGGACUGGCUGUACUACAGUGCACUAUACUGGUUGUGGUGCUUAGAAACUUGCCUUUUAAGUAAAGUCAGAAGGAAAAGUGGUUUGACCUGAGGAACGCUGGUUAAUGUUGACAGAAGAGUAUACAUCUGUAUUUAUUAAUGUAUAACUGCCAUAUUUGGGCAAAAAGCUAAAGGUUGUGUGAUGUUGGGUUUCCACAUUUACUGCCCCUUAUUUAAGAAUGGAAAAAAAAACAUUUACAAGUUAGGAAGACCUUUUAUACGAAGUAAAAUGUAAUUUUAUACAACUUUCUAUUAGGCAGUUACUGUCUACUAUUGCUAGAAAGGCUCAUUAUACUUCUUACAUGAGAUUAUGAGUGCUUAUUUAUAGUUUACGCUGCAUGCCAUCCCUUUGUUCAUUCAUUGUUUUGUACAUAUGCAGUAUAAAUCCCCUGCAAUUGGAUUUUUAGCUACCCAUGUCCAGAUAGAGCUGAUAUAUUUAUCUAUUCCCCCCCGCCCCAUGCCAAUGUGAGUGAACAUGUGGUAUUUGACUAAAGAUUGUCAUCAUUCUUAGUAUUUUUAAAAUAUUUUUCUUUUAGAUGUAAUUGCACAAUGUUCAUUUUGUAUUUUAUUAUUAACCCCAAUAAAGAUUGUUGUUGUUGUUGUUGUUGAUGUUGUUGUUGUUAAAUGCCUUAUUAUUUACAGAUAAAAAGUAGAAUUAAUGGUAGAAUAUACUAUGUUUUUUUUUUUUAUUUGCUAGUAAAUGCUAUUUGUAUUACUUUAGUUUCUUUCAUGCAAAGGUAAAAGCCAGAAAAAUCUAAUUUUUGUUUGGCUCUUGACUUUAUAUUACUUUCUAGGUACAUUUGCAAACCCCAAUUUAUGUUAUAUGCUAUAUUAUUAUUACUUUGGAAAAAACUCUGGUAUUCAAAGGUAGAAUGUUAAAAUCACACUUCCCCCAAAAAAAAAGCUUACAUUUUUAAGUAAAUGCAUCAAUAAUGUCUCCUGAAAAGAUAGGGGAUUUUGUUUAUGGCUUUGAUGUAGUCCAGAUUUCAGUUGUCUGUUUGAGUGGGAUAGCAAUUCAGAUUGCUGGCUCACAAAAGAAUGUGAAGUCUUCAAAUAUUGCAUUGUAAGUGUCUGCCCACCUUGUUACACUCUUGGAAAAUGGAAUUAACGCAUCGAAAGGACAGAGAGAUAAAGGCAUUAGAGCUUUUAGCCUUCCUUCAAGGGAAUGAAACAGACAGGCUAGGUAAGUAUGCCUUGCGCUGCCUAUAGGCACACUUCCUAAUGACUUUUAGUAUUGGGGUAGUCUCCUGACUCUGUGUCUGUGUAUGUGUGAGUUAGUUUUUUUUCUUUUUUUUGAUAGGACAGGCUUUGCAGUAAAAUUAAUUCUUGUAAAGAAAUUGACUUGUUUGUUAUAGUCAUACCGUUAUGAUCCCAGAAUAGAGACAUACAGUGGGUGAGAUUUAUCAGAUUUAGAAGUGUUCCAUUCUAAACCUUGGUCUAAAGUUCUAAAAGUGGGACAACCACCAUGGAACCAGCAAACCAUUCUAUUGCUUACUCAUCUCACUCCCCACCUCCCCCCCUUUUUUAAAUCCCCUUGUCUGUACGCGCAGGAGUUCAGCAGAUAAAAUGUCCUUUCGUCUAUUCAUGUGUUGGCAUUCUGACUGUUAAAAUGUGUGAUUAUAUUUCUUACCUUGAAGCAGAUCAUGUCAAGAAUAUAUCAGAACUGGGUUCUUCUUUAUUUUUCUAAUAUCAUUUGAUCUUCUUUUCCUAUGCUGGUGUAAACAUGUCCUGAAUACAGUGCCUGCUCGUACACUGAUAAACACCCCAUGUAUUAAGUGCUAAUGUGUGGGCAGGUGCAGACUUCACUUAAUAUCUCUUGAGCUGUAAAAUUCAUUGUUGCGUCACUAUAUAAGCAGAUAUAAAUAAAUAAAUAAUGCUGUGGUUCUUGGAGUAGUCCUCAAGGACUGUUAAAAGUCCAGCUUUCAUUUUAUGUCAAAGAUGCUAUUCAUUGGGGGGCAUUUAAGGCAAAGUUUGCAGGGAUGGUGGGGGACUAUAUAACCAAUACUGUGAUUCCUAAAAGUUAAAAAUGAGGGUUAGAUAAAGGAAGGAAAGCACUUCAAAUUGUUAGAUGCCAAAUAAAUCAACAGGGACUUCAAUGUCAACACCUCUGCACAUUCAAUGGUCUGUAUUUUUAUAUUUUUAUUUCAUUAGUCUAGUACGAUAUCAGUACAGCCACUAUGAGAGUGCUCAGGCAAAUAGACAAAUAAUAAAUUACUACUCCACUGCCUAAAUUAAAAACAAUCACUAUUAAGUAAUUAUAUGCCAAUUUUAAACAUGCAUGCAUUUAGACAUUUUAUUCCAUCUUGGGAAAGCUCUUGUCUGCUGCCUCUGCAAUCCCUCACCUUUUUCCCAGCCCAGACUUUCUGUGGCUGUCCAAUCAGACUUCCCAAUGACUUCAAUGAGAAGUCUUUGCAAGGCAGGUGCUCUGGGCAAUUGUUGCUUCUCGAGUUUAGCUCCACUGAGCUAACCAAACCAGGAAGUAAAAGGACCGAUUGUCUGACAGCAAUGGGGGGUGUAACCAGGCUUAUAUAUAAAAUUUCUAUUGAAAUCUGCACUUUUUGUAAAAUAGAAAAAAGGGACGUCCUCUUCCAAGUUGCACUUCAGGAAGCUAUAAAGUGCUUUCGGUAUUUGGAGUGUUCCUUCAUAAGUUUCAGGUGGUGUUGAGUCUGGUGCCAGGAGUCUUCAUGAUGGUUCAGGGAAACAUUUGAUCCAGGACAUGGCCGCUAUGUGUGGACAUGCGAUUCCUGUUAACUGUAGCUUUAGAAUGUCUGGAUGGGAGAUGUAUUACUUUGAGCUACUUAUAUUGUAGGAUUCGAGGCGUAUCUAGGGUCUCCAGCGCCCUUGACAAGGAACUAUAUCCGCGCCCCCCACCCCAUCAUGAAAAAACUAAAACUUUUUUUUUUUUUUGAUCAAUGUUUUCCACCAUGUAAAGGGAAGUUAAAUAAAUAAAUCUAGCAUUAUAUUUUGUUUCCUCAUCCUCCCUGUCCCAUAAAAAGUGAAUAAAGAGGAAUUGAAAGUUCCUGAGGUUUCUUAGGAACAGAGUUCUGCCAGUCACCCAAAGCCCCUCCCCUCUGUAUGAAACCGCUACAAGGAGAACUCCAUCAGCCAGUGCUCAUGAAAUCGCAAAUCUUCUUAUACAAUGCUUUCCCCAUAAUUCCAAUGAUAGGGUUUGCUCUAAUGCAGCAUUUCCCAAACCAGUCCUCAAGACCCAACAACAGUCCAGGUUUUGUUAGUAUCUCCAUUGGAAUAAAACAGGGAAAUACAUAAAUCCUGGACUUUUGGUGGGCCACGAGGACUGGUUUGGGAACCACUGCUCUAAUGAAUCUGUUAUCAGCUUUAAAUCAUAAAUAUAUAUUUACACUUUGGUGGUGAUGGUAAUGUGCCAGUGGAAUGCUUGUCACCAUAUUGCAAGACUAACACAGGCACAUCACACCUUUUUGCAAGACUAACACAGGGGACAUCACACCAUAUUAGUGCCGAAACCAGGGGGCUGGCUGCACUCACUUGAACAUGCAUAAAUAGGGUGCUGCCGUGAGCCAAUUUAUACAAUAAAAAAGAGAAAAUCCUUCUGUGCUGACAGAUUUUGUUUUAAAACAUUUUUUUAAACACCUAAUCUAGGCAAAAGAUAAUGCUUAGAUUAGGUGUUUUUAAAAAACAAAAACAAACUAAACCCAUGAUUUUUUGCCUAGAUGAACACUUACACACACUGAAAAAUAUAGACACACACAGACAUGCAGGUGGGCUAACAGGUGUUCUAUCAGUAGGGGGCCCAGUGCCGCUGCCCCGUUUGACUCAUGUUAAAGACGGCCCUGCUCCCUCCCCUCAUGUCCCCCACCCAUCUGCGUCUCUCUCUCUCCCCCUCAUGUACCCCACCCAUCCGUGUCUCUCUCCCGCCUCAUAUCCCCCACCCAUCCGUGUCUCUCUCUCGCCUCGUGUCCCCCACCCAUCCGUGUCUCUCUCUCGCCUCGUGUCCCCCACCCAUCCGUGUCUCUCUCCCCAUGUCUCUCUCUCUCUCCCAUGCCCCAUCCCAUGUCUCUCUCUCUCUCCCAUGCCCCAUCCCAUGUCUAUCUCUCUCCCUCAUGCCCCCUCCCAUGUCUCUCUCUCCCUCAUGCCUCCCUCCCAUGUCUCUCUCUCUCUCUCCCUCAUGCCUCCCUCCCAUGUCUCUCUCUCUCCCCAUGUCCCCAUCCCAUGUCUCUCUCCCUGUCCUUAUCCCAUGCUCCUUCUCUCCCCGUGGUCCCCAUCCCAUAAGUUCCUCUCUCCUGUCCUAUCCUAUGUCUCUCUCCUCAUGCCUCCCAUGUUCUCUCCUCAUGUCCCUAAUCCAAUGCUCUCUCUUCUCUCCCGUGGUUCCUAUAUCCCAUGCUCCUCUCUCUCUCCCUCGCGGUCCCUCUAUCCCAUGCUCCCUUCUCUCCCCAGGUCCCUAUCCCAUGCCUCUCUGUGGUCUCCUAUCCUAUGUCUCUCUCCCGUGUUCCCAUCCCAUGUCUCUUCUCUCCCUGUGGUCCCUAUCCUAUGUCUUCUUCUCCCCCUCGUGGUUCCUCUAUCCCAUGUCUUCUCUUCUCUCCCCUGUCCUUCUCAUCCUAUAUGCCUCUCUCUCUCUCCCUGUGGUCCCAUCCUAUGUUCUCUUCUCCCUCUUGUCCCUAUCCUAUGUCUUCUCUCCCCUGUGGUCCCCAUCCCAUGUCUCUCCCGUCCCUAUCCUAUGUCUCUCUUCUCUCUCCCCUCGGUGGUUCCCAUCCUAUUGCUCCCUUCUCUCCCUGUCCCUCACGAACCAUAGUCUCUCUCCCCUGCGUCUCAUCCCAUGUCUCUCUCCCCUGUGGUCCCUAUCCCAUGUCUUCUUUCUCCCUUGUCCUCAUCCUAUGUCUCCUCUCCCCCGCGGUUCCUCAUCCCAUGUCUCCUACACAACACACUUGCAAAAAGGCAAUUAAAGUGGCUAAACUAGAAAAUGAGAAAUUGAUAGCUAAAGAAUGCAAAACCAACCCCCAAAUUUUUUUCAAGUACAUCAAUUCUAAAAAAACAAAAAAUGAAAGUGUAGGUACACUUGAAACAGAGUUGGGUUUAUUAGCUAAUGAAGACCAGGAAAAAGCAGAAAUUUUAAAUAACUAUUUUUCUUCAGUAUAUAUUAAUGGGGAUCCUAUGGCAAGAGAUAUGCAAAUGUUUGCUGCAAAAAACUUGCAAAUAACUUGUGACUGGAUAACUCGAGACAAGGUGCUACAGCUAUUAAAGAAAAUUAAUGUAAAUAAAGCUCCGGGGCCUGACUGUAUUCACCCACGAGUACUUAAGGAGCUAAGUGGGGAAAUAAGUGAACCUCUGUAUUUAAUUUUUUCAAGAUUCUUUUGUUUCAGGUGUUGUACCGGAGGAUUGGAGGAAGGCAGAUGUUGUUCCUAUAUUUAAAAAGGGUUCAAAAUCCUUGCCUGGAAAUUAUAGACCUGUGAGCUUAACUUCAGUAACUGGGAAAAUAUUUGAAGGGCUAUUAAGGGAUAAUAUUCAGGAAUUCAUUGGGAAGAACUUAUUGUACUUACUGUUAUUAGCAAUAAUCAGCAUGGUUUUAUGAAACAUAGGUCAUGUCAAACUAACCUAAUUGCAUUCUACGAAGAAGUAAGUAGAAGUAUAGAUCAGGGUGUUGCGGUGGAUGUGAUCUACUUGGACUUUGCCAAGGCAUUUGAUACGGUUCCUCACAAUAGGUUAGUCUUCAAACUAAAAGAAAUUGGUCUAGAUGAAUAUUCCUGUUCUUGGGUAGAACAUUGGCUUAAGGACAGAGUACAACGAGUUGUAAUUAAUGGUACAUUUUCAGGCUGGACAAAAGUGGUAAGUGGUGUCCCUCAGGGUUCUGUUUUGGGACCACUUCUAUUUAACAUAUUUAUAAAUGAUCUUGAAAUAGGCAUUGAAGCCAUGUAUCAGUGUUUGCAGAUGACACAAAACUUUGUAAAGUAAUAAAAUGUGAGCAGGAUAUUGCUUUGUUGCAGAGAGAUUUGGAUAGAUUGGGGGACUGGGCACUAAAAUGGCAGAUGAAAUUUAACAUAGAAAAAUGAAAAGUUAUGCACUUCGGGGUUAAGAAUGCACAAGCAACUUACACACUAAAUGGUAGUGAAUUAGGGAUAACCACACACGAGAAGGAUUUGGGCAUUGUUAUAGACAACAAAUUAGGCAGCAAUAUGCAAUGUCAAUCUGCAGUUGUUAAGGCCAGUAAGAUUUUGUCAUGUAUAAAUAGGGGCAUAAAUUCUCGGGAUGAAAAUAUAAUUUUGCCUCUUUAUAAAUCGCUGGUAAGACCACACCUUGAAUAUGCUGUGCAAUUUUGGGCACCUGUUCUAAAGAAGUAUAUCAUGGCACUGGAGAGGGUCCAGAGACGAGCUACAAAAUUGAUAAAAGGAAUGGAGCAUUUUAGUUAUGAAGAAAGGUUACAAAAAUUAAAUCUGUUUCGUUUGGAAAAACGGCGCCUGAGAGGGGAUAUGAUAAAUUUAUACAAAUAUAUUCGGGGCCAGUACAAACCUUUAUCUGGAAAUCUAUUCAUAAACAGGGUUAUACAUAGGACACGAGGUCACACAUUUAGGCUGGAAGAAAGGAGAUUUCAUCUAAGGCAAAGAAAAGGUUUUUUACAGUAAGAACAAUAAGGAUAUGGAAUUCUCUGCCUGAAGAGGUGGUUUUGUCAGAGUCCAUACAGAUGUUUAAACUGAAAUUGGAUAAAUACUUACAAAAACGUAACAUACAGGGAUAUAAUUUCUAAUUAGUGGGGUAAUAGCUGAUUGAUCCAAGGAGACAUCUGACUGCUAUUUUGGGGUCAAGAAGGAAUUUUUUCCUAGUUUGUGGCAAAAUUGGAAGUGCUUCAGACCAGGUUUUUUGCCUUCUUUUGGAUCAACAGCAACAACAUUUCUGAGGAAGGCUGAACUUGAUGGACGCAAGUCUCUUUUCAGCUAUGUAACUAUGUAACUAUGUCCCCAUCCCAUGUCUCUCUCUCUCCCCAUGUCCCCAUCCCAUGUCUCUCUCUCUCCCCAUGUCCCCAUCCCAUGUCUCUCUCUCUCUCUCUCCCAUCCCAUGUCCCCAUCCCAUGUCUCUCUCUGUCCCCAUCCCAUGUCUCUCUCUGUCCCUAUCCCAUGUCUCUCUCUCUCCCAUCCCAUGUCCCCAUCCCAUGUCUCUCUCCCCAUGUCCCCAUCCCAUGUCUCUCUCUCUCUCUCCCCAUGUCCCCAUCCCAUGUCCCUCUGUCCCCUCAUAUGUCUCCAUGCCUCCCUCCCAUGUCUCUGUCCCCCAUGCUGCCCCCCCCCCCAUCCUAUGUCCCUCUCUGAUGCCCCCCCCUGUCAUUUUACCUCUUAGAGCAGGGAAGGUAGACUGCCUCUCGCUGGCGGCGCGCUGUCACACUGAGCGCACCCCCGUCGGCCUGUGCCACUGGCAGGUGCCAGUUUCACCAACCCCAUGGUAGGACAUCUACUUAAGUUGAUUUAAAGGUGUCCUCUAGAUCAAUGUUUUUCCAAUGUUUUACAGAGAAGUACCCCCAAAGGUUUGAUAAAAAUUCUUAAGUACCCUUCUUUGAGAAAGUAAUAUCUAUUGAUUUAAACAAAGAAAUGCAAGACUACAGGGGCAGAAAAAACCCGACCCAGAAGUCAAGGGGGACCAGGUGGGUAAUAUGGGCAUAACCCAAAAAAAGUAUAUUAGAAAAGUAGCAAGAACAAUUUUUUGAAAGAAGGGGUCCUAAGUGAAAGAAUCCUGGGUACACAACUCAAUAUAAUUGGUAAAACUACAAAUACUUAAUCUUUAUUAAUUAUUAUUAUUAUUAUUAUUGCCAUUUAUAUAGCGCCAACAGAUUCCGUAGCACUUUACAAUAUUAUGAAAGGGGAUUUGACUAUAAAUAGGACAAUUACAAAUAAACUUACAGGAACAAUAGGUUGAAGAGGACCCUGCUCAAUCGAGCUUACAUUCUAUAGGAGGAGGGGUGUAAAACACAUUAGGACAGGAAUGUGCAAUCAAAUAAGGUGGGCUGCCCUUUAGGAGAGGGCAAGAGACGGGUAUGUGAGGUAGGGGUUAGUCUUGGAGGCCAUAAGCUUUCCUAAAGAGAUGGGUUUUAAGGCACUUAAAAGAUGCAAGACUAGGGGAGAGUCGGAUGGCGGUAGGCAGGCUAUUCCAUAGGAAGGGAGCCGCCCGCGAGAAGACCUGCAAGCGCGAGUUGGCCGUACGGGUGCAGACAACGGACAGGAGGUGGUCACGGGCAGAGCGGAGAGACCGAGAAGGGACAUACCUGUGGAUCAGUGAGGAGAUAUAAGAGGGGCUAGAGUUGUUCAGUGCUUUAUAGGUGUGAGUUAGUGCCUUGAAUUGGCUCCUAUAGCACACAGGAAGCCAAUGUAAGGACUGGCAGAGGUGUGAGGUGUGAGAGAACCGACUAGAGAGGAAAAUCAGUCUAGCAGCAGCAUUCAUUACAGACUGUAGGGGUGCAGUGCGGCUUUUGGGAAGACCAAGCAGGAGAGGGUUACAAUAAUCCAUGCGUGAAAUUAUUAGAGCAUGGACAAGCUCCUUGGUAGUAUCUGGUGCAAGAAAGGGGCGGAUGCGGGCUAUGUUUUUAAGAUGCAAUCUACAGGAUUUGGCAACAUGCUGGAUGUGAGGCUCAAAGGUGAGACCAGAGUCAAGUAUGACGCCAAGACAGCGCGCUUGCAAGGAUGGGCUGAUGUUGGUACCACAAACUUGUAUUAACAUACAACAUCAGACAAAUACCAACACACAGUUAAACAAAAAUAAUGGUGAUGAAAAAAUGUCUGAGUGAAAAGAAAGUGUUGUUAAAAAAGAAGCCUUAAUAGCCUGCCUGACCUGUCCUAUAUAUUUCUAAAUACCAAUCAUUAGAUCCACCCAAUUUUAAAUAAAGGCAGUCACCACAAAGACUAUUUGAAGUUACAAUGUUAUUCAAAAAUACAAAAUUAGAAUGUAGCCAUUUGGACCGUGUUACAGCGAUGUGUGGGGAUCAGAAGAGUAAAAUAGAAUAAAAUAGGCCAGAGGUCCUACAUCCCUCAAUUCUUACAAAGGCCCAAGGUACCCGAAAGGCAAUCCUCAGGCUUAGCAUAGUAUUCUAUAUGGCAUGCAUAAUUUUUAUAUUAUGAAAUGUACAGAUUAUUUUGUUUGCAAAAGUAGUUUAAACACGGUCUAUUGUGGCCCAUGUAGGUAAUAUGAAACAAGCUAGUACUGAAAUACCUGUCACUAUGUGAAAAUCAUUAACAUGCUUAAUUGUUGUUCCAAGCUUGAACAGGUUAUUUUAUCUAGGCAUUCAAGAUUGUGUUAGCAUAAUGAACGUAGACCAGGUAUAGCAGAUAAUAAAAUCAGGAGUUAAGCAAGGAGUAUUACGUUAAAUGAGGAGUUAGCUAGCAAACAAACAGUAAAUUAAAUAAAGAGUUUCCACGGUAUGUACGUGGGCUAAGAAUAUAAGUAACUUGGCAAGUCAGUCCACACACACACCUAGCCGAUGCCCAGUCUGGAGGCCUUGGCUGUAGGUCCCGGAUGGACGUCUGUGAUUUUUCUCUUGCCAAACUUCGGCACCCCGUGCCUAUGCGUGUUCUUCUCAUUCUUCUCUGGCUUAGACACCUCUCCAGCCUUGGGACCUUCCAGGAGCCUAUACUUUCUCCCCCCCUCCCCCCAGACUCUGUGCCUUCUUCGAAGGGGGGUAUGUGUAGGGUCUCAUUCCAUCGCUUCCGCAUGUGUCUUUCCCUCCUCCGCGGGUGUGGGUGGAGAGUUGGGGUUGAACCCAGUGCGGCUCUAAUCCCGGGUGGGCCAGUAGUCAUAACUGGUGCGGUUGUUGCUUUGUUCAGUUGGGACCUUUCCAGCAGCACCCCAGUGUGUUGCCCAGUGCGGGAGUCAGUCGCUCUUUGUGGACCGCGGUACCAUUGGCCAUCUUUGCUCGGCCUGAUGGCUCCCGCCUGUCGGAGUUGCGCCCUGGAGCGUUACGGAGGUAAAUGCUUGCUAUGUGGGGGCGAGGGUCCUUUGUUCAGAUAUGCAGCUUGUCGCGGCGGCGGGAAAGCAGUCGUCCCUCCCCCGCCUCCCAUGCGGUUAGGCCUCUGACACUUGUCGAGUGAAUUAUGCUCAUAAUGUCGCUUGGGUGGUGUCAUUGUGUUCCUAUCAGUGUCACCUCACAUUUGGCGGUGAGAAUCUGCUUUUCACAUUUUAUUUUGUAGGACAGGAUUGGGGGGGUUAAUGUAACAGGGUGAGUGUGGUAGGGUUGUGGUGAUUGUGAUAUUAUUAAGGGGGCUACUGUGACAUGGUGAGUGUGGCAGGUUUGGUGGUGGGAGUAUGACAUGGUCAGCGGAGCAAAGUGUGACAGGAUUAGGGGGGAGGGGGAUUUAUGUGACUGGGUGAGUAUGGCAUGGUUGGGGUGAUGAUUGUAACAGGAUUUAGGUAGGCAAGUGGGUUAAUGUAAGUUUGGUAGAUUGAAGGGGGUGGAAGUGUGUGUGGGAAGGGUGACAAUGUGUGGGGAGGCUGUUUCUGUGUUCCACCCCAACACUUAUGCAUUUGCCUUCCUCUUGGGCAGGUUCGGGGAUUGUAAUCAAUUUCCUGGUGGUCUGGUGUGCAGCUCUGCUGUGUGCAGAGUUGCAGACCAUAAGGUAGUUGUCUCACGAAUUCCGGCACUUGAAGUGUCAGAGCAUUUCCAUGGUAUCCCAUGGCAACUCUCUGAUUAUUGGCCCUAGCUCACUGACUACUUCACAGUCUGCAGAUUUGCCCCCGGAAGAACUUCAGGCUGUAGGCUUUGAUGGGCUCUCUUAGUCGGUUCUUUGCUUUCAAAACGCUUCCUGUUUUUAUACCUGAAGGCUGCCGUGUGAUAGGUCGUCGUAUCCGUUUCUUGUCCAAUCACAGGGGCGAUGUGGGGAGGUGUGUUGCUGCACAGCUGUAGUUAAAGGACCACUCUAGGCACCCAGACCACUUCAGCUUAAUGAAGUGGUCUGGUUGCCAGGUCCCUCUAGGAUUAACCCUUUCUUCUAUAAACAUAGCUUUAGAGAAACUGCUAUGUUUAUAAUAGGGUUAAUCCAGCCUCUAAAGCCUCUAGUGGCUGUCUCAUUGACAGCCGCUAGAGGCGUUUGCAUGCUUCUCACUGUGAAAAUCACAGUGAGAAGACGCAAGCGUCCAUAGGAAAGCAUUAUGAAUGCUUUCCUAUGAGACUGGCUGAAUGCGCGCGCAGCUCCUGCCGUGCAUGCACAUUCAGCCGGAGAGGAGGAGGAGAGCUUCCCGCCUGGCGCUGGAAAAAAGGUAAGAUUUAACCCUUUCCUCUCCCCAGAGCCCGGCGGGAGGGGGUCCCUGAGGGUGGGGGCACCCUCAGGGCUCUAUAGUGCCAGGAAAACGAGUAUGUUUUCCUGGCACUAUAGUGGUCCUGUAAUCCUCCUAAUUUACGUAUGCGGAAGUGACGUGUGGGAGUGUUUGUAACGUCUCUUCCGCGUCAAUCAGAUCUCCAUUUUUGAUGCGAGCAGUGCUUACUCAUUUCGUCAGGGGAAAUGCCGUAGCAUUGCGGCCAGGGUCCAUGUUACAUAAUGGCAACUUGUCUGGAAAUUAGUCUUACUCUCUAUAAUAAAAGUUCAUUACAUAAAAAAUAAAUAACAAAGGAGAGUCAUCAGUAGAAAUAUAUAUAUCAUUAGUUACUUGUGACCCUACUUGUUUAGUGUAAUAAUAGUUUAAAAUGUCGUUAUAAAGGCAAUCUUAUAUCAUAAUAAAUAUUAAUAAUAAUUAUGCCUAUAGCUCAUUUGAAUAGUGGCCAUUUGAUUUAUAUCUAAUAUAAGAAAGUCAUGAGUAUAAUUUAUAACAUUCUCAACACCUUAAAAACAAAUGUAUAAAAAUAUAUUAAAUAUUAAGCAUUAUACUAAUAAUAAUAAUUUUUAGAAAUAUCCAUAAAAUAUCAGAUACAGAAAGUGGCAGAGUUCAAAAUCAUUAUUUAAACCGUGUGGUUGUAAGGUAUUUAGAUUGACGGUCCACUUCAUCUCGGAUUGUCCCAUCUUCCUAAUUACAUCCUCGCCCCUCCAAUUAAUGUUAACUUUUUGAAUUCCUAAAAAUUACAAUUUAGUGUGGUCACUGUUUUGCUUACUUUUAAAAUGAAGGGAUACGCUAAGUUUAAUGAAGCCAUUCCUCACAUUCCUAAUGUGUUCUUGUAUCCUCACUUGAAGUGAGCGAGUAGUGCGGUCCUAUAUAUCCUCACCCACAUGGACAAGUUAUCAUUAGUGAUGUCCCGAACGGUUCGCUGAACGGUUCGCCGCGGACUCAUCAUUGAGUAAACUUUGACCCUGUACCUCACAGUCAGCAGACACAUUCCAGCCAAUCAGCAGCAGACCCUCCCUCCCAGACCCUCCCACCUCCUGGACAGCUCACUAAGAAUGCAGCUUCACAAUGGAUGCUGUCCAGGAGGUGUGAGGGAGGGUCUGCUACUGAUUGGCUGGAAUGUGUCUGCUGACUGUGAGGUACAGGGUAAAAGUUUACUCAAUGAUGAGUCCGUGGCGAACCGUUCGGGACAUCACUAGUUAUCAUGUUAUCACUUUUUUUUAGAAUGGCAGGUAAUGUCAUUAAUUUUAAAAGUUUAUAUUGUGUUAUGUGGUUGUGCAAACUCUUUGAUUAAAAGGACACUAUAGUCACCUGAACAACUUCAGCUUAAUGAGGUUGUUCAGGUGAGAACUAUAGCUCCCUGCAGCCUUUCUCAUGUAAACACUGUAUUUUCUGGGAACAUAGUGUUUACAUUCAAAGCUAGGGACACCUCCAGUUGCAGUCACUCAGACAAGCUGAAGACCGAAGAGGAGGGGAGGAUUCAAACUAUGUAAACUUAUUUAGUGAGGGUGAGUGGGUGACUUAGGGUGAGUGGGUGACAUGAUGGGGAUGGAUAUGGAUGAUGGGGAUGGAUGGAGAAAGAGUGUGUGUGUAUGUCUAUAAUUUUUUACUACUUGUGUGUUUGCAUAGAAACACUAUAUAGAUAGAGAUCUCUCUAUAUAAUGUUUCUGUGCAAACACACAGUUUGGCUGAGGAGGGGGCCGGGUAUUGAAAGCGAGCUGAGCAGUCAGACAGCUCAGCUCGCGAAAGCGCAUUCAGUGCCGCUCUAUGAAGAAUGCGAUUGGUGCAGCGCAAAACCGCGCAUGCGCACCACGUGGCGAUGACGCUUCUCAAGGAGAAGCGUCCUAUUGGGCCCUGCGAUUUCGUCAUUUUGACAAAAAAGCGGGCAUGACCUAGCGGGGAGCUCGGCGCUGAAACGGAGGUAAGUUUUAUUAUUAAAACUUACUCUUAUUUAUUUAUUUUAUGGCAAGUUCAUAUAAAAACAAAGAAGGCUGGGAGACCUGUCUUUCUUGCUUUUAUAUGUUGACUAUAGUGUCCCUUUAAUUUAUUUUUUUUAUUUUUUUACUUUUUGUAUUUCUGCAGGCGCCACAACCAUAAUAAAACCUUUACAUUUGUUGAAUGGGUUUUGUGUGUCUUUCCUCAUGUUGGGGUGGUUAUGUAUUAAGCUAUUUCUCAGAUUAGGCACACCUAACAUGCCUGACUUUUCCGUAAGAAAAGGAAAAUCUAUUUGUGUAAGUUGCAGAUAAUACAAGCUGUGUAGGGUGCAUACUCUGGCAUAAAGCAGUGUGUGUAUAACGGUGCAUUGAAUAUGUGAGUGUUAGGAUGGAGAGAACACCAUUUUACGACUGCCAAAUUCACUUCGAAGCCUGGGGAAUGUGAUGUAGCAUACCUGUAAAAAUUGCAUAACCUAAUCCUAUUUGAAACAGUUAAAGAUGGUUCUCUGUAAUAGGCAUUCCUGUUCAGUCAACUGGUAAACUUAUAAAAACAAGUUGUUCUAAGAUCUAUUGUGAGUUUAAUAAAAACCUAGGUAAAGAUUAGGAAAUGUUUUCUUUUAAACGGUUGCUCUAAGCACCAAAACUACUUCAAAUUAAUUAAGCUUUAGUAUAUAGACCAUGGCCCUGAAUUCUCACUGCACAUUUCUCUGCCAUUUAGGAGUUAAUUAAUGUUAAUGGGUUUCUCCAACCACCAUUAAAUCUUCAGUGAUUUGAAGUGGGUGUGGUGCCUGUAGUCUGUAUGUGUAGCAUUUAGAUUUGAAACACUGCAAAUACAGUGAUUUACCUCUUAGCUGUCACCACCCCUUGCCGCCGGGCUGGCUAAUGUCGAUUCUGUUUAAAAUUGUCGUCUGACACCAACAUUCACAGCAUGAUUGCUCAAGACAGCCAGUGUUCUACCUCCCAUGCUGCACUUGUGCUCUCCUCAGUCUGUCCUCUCCGACAUACUUUCCUUUCCAGUAAUGGCCAAUGAUAUCCGCCAAGGAUCUAAAUGAAAGGAGUAUUUGAACUCUGCUGUGGAAUGGAGGUAAACACCCGUUUUUUUUUUUUGUUUGUUUGGUUUUUUUUUUUGGACUAACCUAUAAUUUAUAAAAAUGCAAUUUUCUGUACUCUGUAGUGUUCCUCUAGGGUUAUUGGCAUAAUUUUCGUGAUGUGUUUAUCUCCACAUUCAAAAUCUCUCUAGUAUUGCUUUAAAAAAAAAAAAUAGUUUACACUUUCUCUAGCAUAUUCUUGCCCUCUGAGCCAUGUUUCCUUUAUUAUUUACUUACUGGAAGUGAUCAAGCUAUGUACCAAGCCAAUGAGAGGCUAAUGUGAACAGAGUUGCUGACAUUGACUCCUCCACACAGGGAAUCAAUGUUCUCCUGUUUUUAAAGGACCACUAUAGUGCCAGGAAAACAUACUCAUUUUCCUGGCACUAUAGUGCCCUGAGAGUGCCCCCACCCUCAGGGUCCCACUCCCGUGGUGCUGAAGGGGGAGGAAGGGGUUAAUCCCUCUCCUCCCUCUUCUGAUGUCCCUGGCUGAAUGCACAUGCGCGGCAAGAUCCGCAUGCGCAUUCAGCCAGUCCAUAGGAAAGCAUUCUCAAUGCUUUCCUAUGGACGCUGGCGUCUUCUCACUGUGAAAAUCACAGUGAGAAGCGCGGAAGUGCCUCUAGUGGCUGUCAAUGAGGCAGCCACUAGAGGCUGAAUUAACCCAUAGGUAAACAUAGCAGUUUCUCUGAAACUGCUAUAUUUACUGCAAAAUGGGUUAAACCUAGCUGGACCUGGCACCCAGACCACUUCAUUGAGCUGAAGUGGCCUGGGUGCCUAUAGUGGUCCUUUAAAUACUAUACACAUGCUAAGAGGACAGUGAUUGGUUGUGGAGCAGAUUCAAGUCAAUAGCUCAGUUAACACUGAUCGCUCAUUGGCGAUCCACCUCACAGUUGUAAAGAUAUUUUGUAGUGGUUAUAGUCCCAAGAGUGCUCUAGGACUGUCCCACUGUAAGUAGUAAAACUUUUUGUUUUUGUUUUUGUUGUACAGUUUUGAUCAUUUAAACCGGUCUUGCUUAGUGAAUGUCUGCAUCCACUGUAUGUGAUCUUCUCCAGCAGGAGAAUCUGGAUUGCUUUACAGAGUUAAUGGAACACUAUAGGGUCAGAAACACAAACAUGUAUUCCUGACCCUAUAGUGUUAAAACCACCAUCUAGCCCCCCAUGCAUCCCUAAAUAUAGCAAAAUCUUACUUGUAUUUAAGCCUGAAGUUGUAGCUCUGCAUGCUGUUUGCCUCAGAAAAACAAGCUGUCUGCUGACAUCAGAAGUGGUGGCCUGACCCAAUCACAAUGCUUCUCCAUAGGAUUGGCUGAGACUGACAAGAAGGCAGAUCAGGGGCAGAGCCAGCACAAUUCAAACACAGCCCUGGCCAAUCAGCAUCUCCUCAUAGAGAUGAAUUGAAUCAAUGAAUCUCUAUGAGGAAAGUUCAGUGUCUGCAUGCAGAGGGAGGAGAUGCUGAAUGUUUGGAUGUAUUUUAGGUAGCCAUAACCCAGGAAGGAUCUCUAACAGCCAUCUAAGGAGUGGCCAGUGAAGUUAUCACUAGGCUGUAAUGUAAACACUGCAUUUUCUCUGAAAAGACAGUGUUUACAGCAAUAAGCCUGAAGGUAAUGAUUCUACUCACCAGAACAAAUUCAAUAAGCUGUAGUUGUUCUGGUGACUAUAGUGUCCCUUUAAACAGGCCCAUGCAGUCCCUCUCUGCAAAUGGGCCUGGCCCCUUCUCUUAUAGAAAAAGAUUGAAUGUGGCACAAGUCCCCAUGAGACCCAAGUUGUGAAAACCCUACUAAAGUCGGUUGAUUACUUUUGUGGAUCAGCACCAGGCUUGUAGUGGUUAUAGUCCAUGUGGUGUUCCUUUUAAUGCUUCUCUUUUAAUUGAAUGCACCUUUCAGAUAAUUCUGCUUGGGUUAAUUUAAGUAUUGGCAGUGUUUUUUUUAUUUUAUUUUUUUUACUUUUGUUUUUGUCUAAUUACUUCACAUUAUCCAAGUGGCAUGUUUUUGAUAUUGUGUUGGGUUUGCCUGUUAAUCUGUCAUCUUUUAACAUUCGUUAUGUAUAAUUUUUUAUUUUUGGUUGCACAGUUCCAAAUAAGAAAUCCAGUGCAUAUAAAACUCAGUAAAAGGAAAACCUAGCAUUAGCACAAUAAGAGUAUGGUAAGGUAUGUAUAAACGGUGAUUGUAGUGUUAUCACAAUAAGUGAUUGCAACUGUACAUUUGAAGAUUAUUGAUAACAGAACUGUGAGGAAUAUCGUUGUCAGCAAAUUAAGAGUGUGUAGCAUGCAAAAGUAAUUAAAGACCCCUGGGCCCCAUAGGGAAACUAGGAGAGGUGAUGAUAUAAGGGUAAUCUUGGAAGAAUUGGCAUUUGAACAUACAAUAUGCUAAAGAGGCUGUCCCAGACCCCAGGCAGCAGAGACAGGACACUGUCCUAAAGUCAGAAUUUGGCCUAUAACCGACCCCACGUACAGAGAUUAGACAGGGCCUGCACCAUAUAGUUGACUUAUUACAGUUGGGCAGGAUGGCGGCUGUCCAGCCCACUCACUGCCUGUGUAGGCCUCAGUCACAGAGACUCCUCCAAGGGUCCAAAAUCCAGGUUUCAAACUCAGUCUUGGAACCAGCACCUCUUUGCACUAUCGACUUCUGCUUUCUGGUGCGAAGGUAAGGAUAAUAUCCAGGAUUGUGAGCUUAAAAGUACUAAAACUUCAGGAGCUGCUCUUUCAUUCGACCAGUCAGUAUGACGGUCAGGCCCAGCUAAUCCUCUUUUUUUUUUUUUUUCCAAUGUGUUUUAUUUUAGGCAUGUUAUUUGUUUACACAUCGUAUAAAACAGAAUACGAGGUAUAUCAAGGGGUACAAAAGAGAAAAGGGAAGGGGGAAGGGAAAAAGGGGAAAAGCAGCUUGUACAAAUUUACAUAUAUCUUUCAGUACAGUACAAUGUAAUACAGUUUGAAACAGCUAACAAUUCGAAUGUCUGGUAAUCCUUGGUAAGAGGACAUUAUAGGCAUUAUAGGCAUUACAGAUAGCAUGAGAUCUUCACAUAACAUAUUGGAGGUAGACAAGCAUUUGGCAAGUGAAAAUACCUUAGGGCAUACUGACUUACUCGUAGGGGGGCUGCUUUAUGGGCCCAUGGAGUCAGGGGUGAGGGGGAAACCCGGUUGGGGUUAGUGGUCGGAUUAUGGCACCUGGGGCGCCUCCCCCUCUCUAAAGAGUAUCCAACUCUGCCAACUUAAUUUAUACCUGCUUUGGUUAUUUGUCAGCCGGCUAGCCAUACGUUCAUAAGCAUGGAGUGAGUCCAGCCUGCUGAGGAUUUCUGGCAUUGUUGGCGUCAAUGGUGAUUUCCAUCUAUGUGCGAUGGCAGUUUUAGUAGCCAUGAGACAGUGGAUCAUGAAAGGGAUUGCUUCCUUGGGAAGAGAAUUCGGAAAAAUAUGUAGUAGAAAGCACUCUGGGGAUUGGGGGAUGUGCACCCCCAGGAUUUUAUACAGAAGGGCGUGUAUGUCCCGCCAUAGAGUGGUAAUAGGCGUACAUGACCAAAAUAAGUGAAAGAGGGACCCUGCGCUAUUUUGGCAUCUCCAACAGCUUGCGUCAGAGCCCGGGUAGAUACGAGCCAGUUUGGUGGGGACUAGAUACCAACGCAUUGUUAAUUUACAGUAUGUUUCCCAUUGGUUAAGGCUAUGGGACGCCUGUUUAGUUAAUUUUUGGGCGCGAUGCCAUAAAUCAUUAGAAAAAUGCUUUCCCAGAUCUGAUUCCCACUUAGACAUAUAUGAUGGUUUGGACAGUUUGUCUUGGAGCAGUAGAGUGUUGUAACAUAGAGAUAAUGCUUUGAUUUUUGGAAGCUUGCCCAUGCAUUUGUGAAUGAAGGGUGAUGUAGAGUCGGGUUCACUCAGGCUAAUCCCGCUUUUCUGAAUUAUGUUUUUUAUUCUGAGAUAGGAGAAUAGUUCCCCUGGGGGGAUGUGGAAUUCCCUAAUCAGGUCUGAGAAGGGCUUGAUGCCUUCAGCGGAUAGUAGGGAACGAACCUGGGUGAUCCCUUUCUUAAGCCAUAUGUCUAGGUGUAUGUUUGAGGUUCUUGAAGUCAGGGCUUGGAUUGGAGCGGCUAGGAGUAGGUCGUUAUUCCGUAGGAAGAGCGGUGUAGUUUGUUUCCAGUUGUGAAAGAGCGCGACUGUGGUGGGCAGCAAGGAUGUGGCUUUGGGAAAUUUGGACCCGGCCCACAGGGAAAGUGGGAUCGAGCCAUUAGGUGUGCAGGCGUUCUCCAAUGCCAGCCAUAUUGGGGGAGAGGGGCGUUCGAGGAUCGUGAGGCCCUGGGCCAGCAGGGACGCCCUAUAGUAAAGGGAUAUAUUGGGAACACCCAGACCUCCUUUUGUGAACGGGCGCCAUAGUGAGUUUUGCGCUAUCCUGGGGGGUUUCCUCUUCCAAAUAUGAGCAUUGAUCAUGGCCUGGAAUUUCUUUAGGAGCGAGUUUGGGAUUGUAAUGGGGAGAGUGCGGAAUAAGUAUAGAAUGUGUGGGAGGAUCAUCAUUUUUACAGUGUGGAUACGUCCUAACCAGGAGAUCUCCUUCUCCUCCCAGGACUUGAGGAGUUGCUCUAGAUUGUGAAUGAGUGGCAAGUGGUUUUCGUGCGUUAAUGCUGAGAGCUUCGUUGGCAAUUUAAUACCCAAGUAUGAAAUGGAGGAGUUCCGCCACUCAAACGGGUAUAGUGUUUUUAGAGGGUUUAAAGAGGAAGGUGGCAAUCCCAAUGCCAAUGCUUGUGUUUUUUUGGCGUUGUUUUUAUAGAACGAGACCUUACCGUAAGUUUCCAGCAAAGUUAGUAGGUUUGGUAAGGAUUUUGCUGGACGUGAUAAGAAGAGAAGGACAUCGUCAGCGAAUAGGGCUAUUUUUUGAGUCCCGAUGGGGGUAGAUAGGCCUUCGAUCGAAUUGUCACUUUUGAUAUGUCUAACCAGUGGUUCCAUGCAAAUUAUAAAGAUUAAUGGGGAGAGGGGACAGCCCUGUCUAGAGCCAUUGCAGCUAAUCCUCUUUUAACAUUAGUGGCUAUAGAAUUGCUUGUAUACUGAACUCAUGACAUCUGAUUAUCUACUGCAUAUGCUUUUGUUACUCUAGCAUCAGCACCCGCUGUUCAAAUUAGAACAGUGUCUAUUUUUGACCCAGGAUGUUUGAUAACUUUAAUAUGAAAAGGCCUAUAUAUACUAAUAUCUUCUAUCAAUCUUUGCAUUUUAGGUUGGUUCAAAGCUGAUUCCAUGCCACAAACUUGUGUUGGCCUGUGUCAUACCGUAUUUCCGGGCUAUGUUUCUUUCUGAUAUGGCAGAGGCUAAGCAGACACUGAUUGAGAUCCUUGACUUUGAUGGUGAUGCCAUAGAAGACCUAGUAAAGUUUGCCUACUCUUCCCGAGUGACCUUGACAGUGGACAACGUCCAACCUCUCCUAUAUGCAGCCUGUAUCCUGCAAGUAGAGUUAGUUGCCAAGGCUUGCUGUGAAUAUAUGAAGCUACAUUUUCAUCCAUCCAACUGCCUGGCUGUCAGGGCCUUUGCUGAAAGCCAUAAUCGCGUGGAUCUCAUGGAUAUGGCUGAUCGCUAUGCCAGUGACCAUUUUCCAGAGGUGGUGGAUUGUGAGGACUUUGUCAAUAUGUCGCCUCAGCAUCUUUUCAAAUUACUGUCUUCCGGGGAUCUCAAUAUCGAGACUGAAAAGCAGGUUUACAAUGCAGCUAUCAAGUGGCUUCAUGCAAAUCCUCAGCACCAUGAUGCAUGGCUGGAUGGAAUAUUGUCUCAGGUGGGGAAGCGGAUACCGGGCAUGUAUGCUGUUUGUGCUUUUGACCGCUUGUCAAUCGAACGUUAUUUUUUUUUUAGAUUACCUUUUCCUGACUUGACACAAUUUGUUUUUAUUUUGUUUUUGUUUUUUUGUAGUUUGUCAAUUGUAAAUUGUAUUAAAUUUAAAUUACAUCAGUUUAUUAAUAAUAACAAAUGGGACUAAUAGAUUAUUAUUUUAUUUAUAUAGCGCCAUCAGAUUCCGUAGCGCCAUACAAUGGGUUGAAAGUAGGUCAUAUGAGGGCUGAAUAUUGGACAAGUGAAGAUUUUCAUAACUGAGAAAGGGGGAUCGGGGGGACAUAGCUAUAGCUGCCAGUUGUGGAAUAAAGCAAAAAAAAUAUUGUACAACAAUUUUGUUAGGUUUAAAUGAACCAGUCAAGAUUGCAUUAUCAUCUGAUAAUAACAUUAUAUUAACAUACAAAGAGCACAUGUGGUUAUGGUGCCUGGCCCCUUUAAAUAAAAGUGCAAUGUUCUCCACCCUUUCCCCCCAUUAAAAUGAAGUUAAUUUUCUUUGGUAGCAUCACAGAACUUGUCACCAUUGUGUUCAAUCUUUCCUUUAGGUGAGACUGCCUUUGCUACCUAUUGACUUCCUGAUGACAGUCGUUGCCAAAGAAGAUAUCAUCAAGCAGAAUUUAAAAUGUAGAGACUUACUGGAUGAGGCAAGGAAUUAUCAUCUCCACCUGAGCAAUCGAGCCGUACCGGAAUUUAAGUAUACUAUACGUACCACACCAAGGAAACAAACUGCUGGUAAUUAGACUUAAGUUACGUAUAUAGAGGCAUAUGUUGUUAUACUGGAUUUUAAAGAAAUUGACUUCUCAAGGACACCCCCAAGUUACAUAGUAGCCAAGGUAGGAAAAUAACCUCUCAAUUUAAAAUAACUGUUGAAUUUUGCUAGAUUCAUUGUUAAGGGUUAUUUUGUCAAUCAGUUGAGUGACAUAAUCAGCUUGUAUUACCUGUAUAUCUACUAUUUGAGUAGGCCCUUUUACCAAGUUUGUAUAUAGCUCCAUGGACUUAGUGUGGGCAAACGGCUAUACAUUAUUACCUCAAAAGGAACGUAUCCUGUUGAGGCAUUAGGAGUCAUUCAGAUUUUUGCCAAUACUGCUGGCAGGUGAUCAGGUCAUAUGGUGAACGUACCUUAUACCAAGGUGACCCUAGUACUCAUUAACGUUUCUUUAUAAUUGUAGGAGACCUCCGUAAUCAACUUGUACGGCGUGUGUCCCCCUUCUCCUCCUUAUUUGGUCUUUGUGUAAAUGGGUAAUGGGUGUAAAUUGUGUUAGUGGCUGCACUACCUCUGUGACAACAAACUUCUUCAAUGCUCUUUUUUUUUUUUUUUUUAAACUCCCAAGUAACUUUACACUAACUCGCUAGUUCAGUUUUGUCACCUCAACAUUUCCAUUGUUACCACAUGCCUCUACCUUGCAUCAUCCAAAACAUGUCCCUUGUGCAUUUACCCUCUCUCCCCCUUGCCCAUCCGAUUUCAACUCCCUGCUUAUGUCCCAUUUCUCGCUCUGUUUAGGUCGCACUCUUCCUCACCAUUGUCCUUUAACUUCCCCUACUUGUGUCCUUUCCCUGCACCAUUCAUAUUCCUCUAUAAUCUUUCCUCAUCAAUACACCCCUUUCUCCACUGUGCCACUUAAAAAAAAAAAAUAUAUAUUUUUUUGUUUUUAGUUUCAUGCUUGCCAGGGCUCCAGGAUGCUGGGUUCGAAACACCGUUUCCUUGUGUCUCUCAGUGACUGACAUUGCUCAUACAUUGUGAGCCACCAGGAGUUGCGCUUAGAACUUGCUAAAGCCCAGCUCCAGGGCUGUGGUCUGCUGAAUGGUGCUGGCAAUGAUUUUGGUCCCUGGUUUACUAGAAAUCUUGCCAGCUUUGUAACACUAACGAGUCGUCUUGGCUCAAUUUGCACUCUCCUUUUGCAAGGACAUGAGUGGAAUUUUUGAACUUUGGUGUAAAGACACUAUCCCUGCAACAUUGCUUUUUAAAACCGUUUGUUUCAUUCUAGAGAGAAUUAAGAAUUAUGAUUCAGUUUAUUAAAUUUGUUUAAAAUUUGGUUUAGAAUUAAUUGUAGUAUUGGGUUUAUGUUUCAGAUUGGGAUUAGCAAGGGAAUUCCUCUGCUGAACUCAGGGAAUCCUUCUAAAACUAUUGCUAGGGUUAGGAUUAAGGUUAUAAUUGGGCAUAGGAUUAGGGUAUGUGUUAGGAUUGGAGUAAGGUUUAUGAUUUAGAUUUAGGGUUAGAUUUGGGAUUAGGAUUUGGUUUAAAAUUAGAGCUUGGUUUAGGAUUAGGGUUUUAGAUUGGGAUUCAGACUGAUUGUUGCUUUCCGAAGAUAUUGGGUAUUGUUGCACUCAGGAGACGUUGCCGAGAUUUAAAAAAAAAAUAAGCAACAAAUACUAUAUGUAAAAAUUGAAAAAUAAAAAUGAAUACCACAAACUUUGAAAAUAAAUUGUGAAAAAAAUGCCACUUCAGUAAAGCUCAAAAUAUAUUGUGUCCCCCAUGGUGUCAACUUUUGCUAAUAGUAUGUGUUUAUAGUAAUUUAAAUAUAUUCGCUACUACAAUGCACCAAAGACCCAUCUUCAUUUUGUCCUCCCCCCUCCCCCCCCCCAAAAAAAAAAACCUGUACUGGACAAGAUAUAAUUUUAGCCCUGUAUGUUCACAAAAACCUGACAGGGGGGGCAUUCUGUACUCGGGAAAUAUAGCUGAGCACAAUUUAGUGAUUUUUAUUACAGUAGUACAUAUUAAGUUUACAGAAUAAAUCACUAAAUUGCAAUGUGUCUCUACAAAAUUGCAAAAAUAAAACAAUACUAUCAAAUUUCAAAGAAACUGAAAUUGGCUGUAUAAUAAUGCUCAAAAUAUACCAAAAUCUCACAAAUGGUAUAGAUUUAUGUGGUAAUUUUAACUGUCAAACUGUUACAAUGCCCCCAAAUGAGACACAGACCCAUCAAAUUCAUCUAUCAAAAUUCUAAUUGUAAAAACUGCAAUGGUCAGGACUCUUAUGACACUGCUUCACAGGAUAGUAACAAAAGCAUACAUGGGAGUAUAUUUUUAUUCCGUAGUUUGCUGAGCAAAAUUUAAGGGGGUUUGAUCAUAGAUCACAUAUCAGAUUUGACAAACAUCCAGAAUUACAAAAAAAUGUAAUGGGUAUGUAACAAAUGCAACAAAAAACAUUUUACCACAAAGUUUGCCAUAAGCUGGUGAAAAACAAAAUGUUGUCAUGUUAAGGCACAAUAUACGCUAUAUGAGUUACCCUAUAUGAGUUACCCUUAUGAAAUACACAUAUAAAAAAUAUACACAAUUUUACUACAAUAUUUAGCAGAAAUUGGCUAUUAAAGGCCUACAUAAAAAGUGUCAAAAUACCCUCAGGUAAAUAGCCUGUGAUGUCUGAUUUUGUAUAAAUAUGUACUUUGUGUGGCAAUUUUGUUUUCUGUGAUGGCUACUAAGCUUACAAGACAAACAUACAAAAUAAAAAAAAAAAUUGCUCCAUAUUGAAAUUUUAUUUUACACCUUGAAUUUUGUGACCUGUAACUAUAGGUAAUAAACAGAAAUCCUAGACAUAUUGUAUACUCUGUGAAUCAGGACCACUAAAUGAAUUUAUUUUGAAUUACUUUUCUUAAACUUAUGCACAUGUUUUUGCCAAAACUAUGGAAACGUUUUUUUUUGUUUUUUUUUCAAAAAAUUAUUUUUAAUAAUUUUUGUUUAUUUUCUUAAAUAAUAAAUGGUAUUUAUAUAUGCAUUUUUUUUUUUGUCCUUAAAAAAACGGUAUAUAACACAUGUUGGUGCAAUAAAUGGGAAAGAUGCAAAUUGCGGUUGAACACAAACUGCACGUAAUGCGAAAAUUGCUUGUGUCCUCUGAAGCUAUGUCCUUAAGGGGCUAGACAGGCUGCCCUUGGCAAAUUCAAUUACAUACAUUGUCUAAGCUCCCCGCUACCCAGUUGUCAGUGAGAUUCUUGCUUAAUUUGGCUGGAGUUAAAAUACAUCAGAUGUAAGCUAAGAUGUUUAUGUGGAAUAUAACUCCAAUCUGUUUCAUACAGUGAUUAGCUAAGCCUUAUUUUACUCCACAAUAGCUUUAUAUGGCAAAUCACCAUUUUAAUGGUCACAUUGAAAUGAAUACAAUGCAGCCACAAAGUAUGUUUGAGUUUUUGUUUUUCUUUAAAUGAAUCCCUAAAUAUCAAUAAAACCACCCAUCUCUAGAAGGACUGUAGGUUCGAGAUCUGACCUCAAUGGCUCUCUUUCAUAGUCAUUUAAUUGGACAAAAAACAGCAUUUGCAAUGAAGUAAAAAGGGGGCUGGUCUUAAUUACUUUAAAGGGACACUCCAGGCACCCAGACCACUUCUGCCCAUUGGAGUGGUCUGGGUGCCAACUCCCAUCACCCUUAACCCUUUUAUAAACUGCAAUAAUUACCUUGCAGGGUUAAGUCCUCCUCUAGUGACUGUCUACCAGACAACCAUUAGAGGGACUUCUGGGUUCUUACACGACUUUUUGGUCGCGUAAACGACGCUGCACGUCCUCACGCUUUGCAGCGUGGCCGGAAUCCCCAUAGGAAGGCAUUGAGUAAUGCUUUCCCAUGGGGAGGUUUAAUGCGUGCGUGAGUGCAAGCGUGGCCAUUAGGUAUCCCUUGCUGGUGGACGUCAGCGGGGGGCGGAGCCUGACCCAGCGCCGAGGGACAUUGGCACUGGAUUCAGGUAAGUCACUGAAGGGGUUUUAACAUGGGAGGGAGGGGGCCACUGUAGGAUUCUUUAGUGCCAGGAAAACAGGUUUGUUUUCCUGGCACUGGAGAAUCACUUUACGGGACCAGUUGUGCAACUUAUGGAAGAUACGUUUUUAGGUUGUAGAAUUUGUUUGUGCAAUUUUUAGUAAAUGUAUAUUUUAAUGUAUUUUUGCAACAAUCAAUUCUAUGCACUAAAAAAUGUGCACUUUGGACACCGUUUCCCAUUAAAACAUAUAAUCAAAUGUUAUAUGACCGUAACAUAACCUAUACAGAAUGUGACUUACAGUGGUAGAAUAGUCUUUCUCUGCACAAUGUAGACUAAAUGAGCCGUUGUUCACAAAUGCCCAUAAACAUCAGUGCUGCCAAUAAAACUGUGAUUAGCUCAGUUGUUUUAGAAAAAGAUUUGACACUGUAUUUCAAAAGAGGGCAUUUUUCCAUACAAUGUACGUGACCUUCAGCAUUACAAACUUUGCUAUGUGAAAAUGCUUUUAUCAGCAUUCUAAUGUGCAGUAUUGCCAUUGAUGCAGAAUUUGAGAGCUCUGAGAACGGGCACAUGCUCAGGAAACUCAAUAGCUUGCCCUUCGCUUAGUCCUCCCUCAGUUCUCAAAACCAUUUUUGUUCACUUUUGCCAUUGUGUAGAGAACCUACACCAUUUGCUUAACAGAGAGAUCUCCAGAUAAAAAAUGCUGGCAAGCUCCCUCGUCACGAGAGAUACACCAACUCCAGGUUAUAAUUUCAGUUUAUUUUGGAAACAAUUUUAGGGUCCACAUCUGGAUUUUUUUUUUUUUUUUUUUUUUAACACUUCGGGAAGCUAAUGCAUUGAAGAGCAAAAACCAAGAAUUUGAGAACAAGAAAAAGCUCAGAAAACUCAAUAGCUUGCCCUUUGGUUAGUUCCUGCUCUGGUCUCAGACUUUUUUCUCACUUUGUUAUUACCAUUCUAGACCCUCAAACGGAGAGUGAGCAACAUGCUUGUGCUUUUUAUUACAAUUAUCAAAAACAUUAAACUGUCUUUAUACCAUGUCCACGUUUUUUUUUUUGUUUGUUUGUUUUUUAAUUGUUCGGCAGCUUUUAAGAUAAUAACGGUAAACCAUAGAAAUUACUAACUUGUUUAAAGAGACACACUUCUGCAUUCUUGAAGCCAGCAUCUUGGUUUCAGUUGUGAUGACUGCCGUUCUUGGGGAAGUGUCCACAGACAGGGGACAGCAAAGUAGAGUGGGUGUUAUACUGUAUCACCCACAAACAAUCUGGGAUGCUGUUCUGGAGUGAGGGGCAGCCUCCAAAGCCAGGAAAUAUAUCACUAUAUUUCUCUCCAGGGCAAUGCAAAAAAGAAACUGUAAUGCACUUAGGGCCACUUGAUGGACAUGUGUCAUUAGUGGCAUGGUCGUGCACUACAUCGUUUUAACAGCACAACCAGCGAUGACAGCGCUGGGAGGAAGUGAUAACCUGUCACCUCUUCACAGCUAACAUUGACCGACCCGUGCAGGAGCAAGAUAGGGGGGAGAACCAGGAGAGCAUGCUCCUAACUCCCAAUAUCCCCUGCCAGUAGAAGUCUCCUGCACCCUAAAGGUUGGAAACUGGAGGCGUGUGUGUGUCAUUAUUUGUUUGUAUCUGUGUAACUAUUUGUCAGCAUUUGUAUCUGUGUGGUAUCUUCAUGUGUGUGUCUGCACUGUAUAAUAUAUAUGUGUUUAGGGGGUUUUAAUUCACUUUUCCCACCAUAACUUUCUUGAGAUAUGUAUGUAUAUAGAUAGAUGGAUAUAUCUCUUGAGAAAGUUAUGGUGGGGGAAAAAGUUAUUCAAAACCCAUUCCACUUGAAGUCAGUGGAUAGUUUAUAGCUUGUUAAACACAUAUUUGCACACACACCCAUCUCUAGGGCAGGAGAAAAAGGGUAGAUUGGGUAAAAAAAAAUGUAUACAUAUGAAAUAACAGCAACUAUAUUAAUUACAAAUAUUUUGCCAAUGUGAGGGAUACAGUUUAUAUGGAAAUAAAGGAUGGGAACCACUGGGCAAGUUCAUAGUUAGUGCCACCUAGUGGGUGUUUUUCAGAUGUCUUACUUUCUGUAUAAAAAGAACGAUCAUAUUUAGGUGGAAAUCCUAACUUGUGCCAGUAACUUCAGUGCAUCACAACUUCGUUGGUGAGAUCGUUGUGUAAAAAUGGUCCUUUGUUUCUCAGAAAAACAAUAAAGGGGAAAAAUGCAGCAAUUACAUUUUCCCUUUCUGCAAGAUCCCACUUUAAAACUGUAAUUUUUGUUACUUUUUGCUACUAUGUUAUCAUUUUGCUACUAUUUUCCCUUCCCUCAAUCUAAUUUUUACUGUCCUUUGUAUUGAAUCCGUUUUUAUUGAGAUCAGCAUGAGGAACAGUGUGUCCACGCAGGGGUUGCAAUGUAUGGUUGACAAGUAACAUAGAAUACAGAAUCCGUAUAUUCAUGGCAUUUUGCCAUGUGCCUUUGCAAAGGCUUAUUAUGUGUGAUCUCUGAUAUUGUUGAGAUCAGAUUAUUUAAUGGGUUACCCAAGCAGGGGAGUGUUCAUAUGUUUAGUACUUAUUUUGAGGUUCAGUUACAGCUCGUUUUUCAUCAUAUUCACGUUGAAAGUUAGGGUCGUUGUCCAUGUCGUAGGUCAGGGCGUGUGUCGGUGUUUUCUUGAGGUGUUGAGUGGUGUAUCUGUCCGUUGUUGUUGUUUGUUUUUUUUGGCAGGAGAUUGGAUUUAGGUGGUGUGGAUGUUGUGUUUACUGGGUGUCGCCUGUGGAUCAUCCUCUGUCUUUUAUUAGUGUGUGGGGCAUGCUGUCCUUUGUACAGACCAGUUAAUCAACCAGUUACCAGGCAAAAGUUGACAUUUGAUCAUGUAUAGAAAUGAUUUCUGCCAGCAAAUAUUUGGGUGCUGUUACAAUGAGGUGUGCAAGUGAUUACAUUCUGCAACACUGCACGAUGUGCGCUUCUCUCUUAUUUUCUCAAGUAAUAUAAAUUAUUUAAGUUCUUAAUAAGUCUCAUAAGACUUCUUUGAAAGAACAAUCUAACAUUAGGAAUACAGACGUGUUAUACUAGCUAUUUAAAUUUGUGUCACCCCCCCAAAGUAAUUCGCAGUGUAACUUGCCUUUUAUGCCAAUGCACGCCUGUAUCCAUUCCUUGCUGGUUGUGAUCAUCAUCAUUACUAAUCAAAAGCAUUAGGUAGCUAGUUCACAAACGUGGCAAUUGCCACACUGCAAAUCAGCGUCUACUCAGUUCAUCUCUUUGGGGAGCAUUCAGUGCCUUCAGGCUGAACGUAAAGAUGUCGAACAAACGUGCUGCAUAAAUUGCAGCCACAACAGGAAGCACCUCUAGUUGCGGUCUAAGUGACUUGCUACCUGAGUUACAUGCACUAGAGGUAGCCUUGGGAAGCAAUGUAAACACUUUUUUUUUUUUUUCUUUCAGAAAAGGCAUGGUUUACACUGCUGAGGCUGCAGGGCCAUCUCUUUGCAUCAGAAAUACAACAUUAAGCUGUAGUGGUUAUGGUGCUUAGUGUCCCUUUAAAUAAUCUUCUUACUGAGGGGCAGGGCUUUGCUGCCAUGGCUAUGCAUGACUGCAGCUACUCUGAACUGACAUGGUUUUCUUGACAUUUUACUGAAUAUACCUGUGAUUUUCAGUGGCUACAUGUGGGACUGUUGCUGGCCCAGAAAAGGGGAAUCGGCUAAUAAUCUUUUACUCAUCAAGGUUUGGUUGUUGCUUUUAUAAGCCAUACUCCUGGUAUACUCAGCGGUAUUUCCAUUGGCCAUGCUUAUUUUAUACUCACCUAAUGUUCCUAGUAUGUUAUUAUUUUCUCUAAUUAUUAUAUGUGCCUUUUUUGCAUGUAAUAAAAAAAAAAAACAUUCAGUAUCUUUGUAGUCCUGCAAAAAUAAAGAAUUAAAAAAAAAAAAAAGUGUUCUUCAGACAAUUGCUGCCUUUUAACCUUUGCAGUUUGUUUAAUAAUUCCCCUGUAUGGUAUAGUUCCUUGACCUCUCUUUACAGUCAGGUUGUUUUACAUAUUGUACCUGUCCUCUGCAGGUGUUCUGUUUUGUGUGGGAGGACGUGGAGGCUCAGGAGACCCAUUUCGCAGUAUUGAAUGCUUCUCUUUAACAAGAAACAUCUGGUUCUUUGGCCCUGAGAUGAACAGCCGGAGACGACAUGUUGGUGUAAUCUCUGUUGGAGGUCAGUAGGAAUUAAAAGAAAAAAUAUAAGCCAUCUGGAUAAUUAAAACAUUCUGUGUCAUGUGGUAGACCUGGGAAAAUUGGGUUACAACAUCAGUUAUAGGGUCUUGUAAUUAUUUGCAAACAUCCCUCAAGGUGACAUGCCACUUAUAGAGAGGGAAAGAAGUAAGAAACAAACACACCAAAAGAUCUCCCUCCGUGGUGCCUCCAUCUUUUUAGAACAAAGCUGUCUACAGUUCCUAUUGAAACUGGCAAGAACCACAUCAUUCUAAUAUUCUUGAGCAUAGUUAAGAGGACAAAUUGUCAGUCUGUGGUUCACAAAACAAGAUACCUAUCUAUCAAAUUUUAUCCUUCAGUGUGGCUAUUUUAAUUUUUUUUUUUAAUUUUUUUUUUAAUAUGGUUCUCCCAGAGUUAAAUCAACAUGAUUCACCCAGACAAUGACACCAAUUCUUUAACUUGGGUUUAUGGGAAGACCAAUUUAAUUACCAAUACCCACCUAAAUUAUUUAUUGGAUAAAUUAGCUGUUUUUUUAAUUUCCCAAAUGCAUAUCCUUGCAUUUAUUUAUGAUUGACCAUAUGAUCAGAAGGGUUGUAGUCUGUAGACCUUCUGGUACCUAGCAUGCAGCACUGUAAUGGGUACUGUGUUUUGAAAAUGUGUAAUCUGAUUGACUUAAUCUGUAUGCAAGCCUAUUGGGUGAUAGAUUGAUGUACAGUAAAGCUGUUUUGGUGUUUUGUUUUUUUCGCAUACAAUUUCCAUAAAAGGAAUAACCAAUGUGAUACUAGCUUUUCCAAAGUAACAUUUAUUGUUAUAAUUUUUUACAUUUUUUUAUUUUUUUAUUUAGGUAAAGUCUACGCUGUAGGAGGCCAUGAUGGAAAUGAGCAUUUAGGUAGCAUGGAGGUGUUUGAUCCUCUUACUAAUAAAUGGAUGAUGAAGGCGUCAAUGAAUACAAAGAGGUAAUUAAAGCAAGCAGUGUGUUCAAAUUGUCAGUAGUAUCUGGAAGUGCUUUAGGAGACUGUAGUGUCCCUUUUGUCACUUUAUACUAUUUUUGGUAUCAUUUAUACAUGCCGGCUCUAAUCCAUUUAACGUAUAUGGACGUUAAUUUGUCUGUUUUGGAUAUUGUUACUAUCACACUACUAGUGCUCUGUAAUUUAGACUGCAAUUUCCCUGAGCUGUACUGAAAGUCUUCCUAUUUAUUAAUCAUAGCAUUUUGUCUGACACCCUCUCGCCUACUCAUGUAAAAUAUAUGCGUAAAAUAUAUUUUAGCUCAGUCACUCCCCAUUUAUUCAAGAGCAGUAGUAAGUAGCCUUUUUAAUGCUACAGCAUUUAAAACCAGCUGGUGCAGUACACAAACCCUUGAUGACCGUUAUGUGCACAACUCUAAUUUAGGGAAAAAACACUGUAAAACUGAAAAUUUCCUGUACUGGGUAGCCAAACGUGGUCUAGCUUUAUUUUGAGAAAAAAAAACAAAAAACAUUUGUAAUGUUUUAGUUGAGAUUAAAUGGAGGUUUAAAUGAUCUGUUAGUAUCGCUUUCUUUGAAGAUUUCAGUAUUGUGAACUAGAUACCUUUUAUGUAUUCUCAUCAUAUGACCCCCUUUUUUUUUCUUGUUUGUCUGCAAACAACAUGGCAUUUUUAACUACUUCUACCCAGUGGACUGUCAAUGUUUAAGUACAGUCAAAAUGUUCGCCACAGUCAUGGUAAUGUGUUAGGAGCUGGGGUGCGUUAAGGGUUAGGAAUUUGUAUUCACGUUGCAAAAAUAGGGUUUACAUUGGUUGAGCAAGUCCAGAACCAGGUCAUAAAUAAUAGAUAUCUGAACUAUAGGGGACUUGAGUGUGUGUUACAAAAAAUGGCCAGCUUGGAAGAGCAGGUUCAGCCUACAACCGUACUACAGUCUUCAGCUGUUUUGUUUACGUUUUAUUGGCUCUUGUCAUUUUGGAGUUAACAAAAUUAUAGUCGGUAGACAAUAAAAACUAUAAUGAUUACAUUAACUUGAGGCACUCAGAUGUAGUAUGGUCAUUUUAAUAAGACUGAUAUCACCAAGUCCUCCAUUAUGUUGUGAGAUAGUUUUAUUCUACAUGUUUGCCCCCAAAGUUAUAGGUAAAGAAAAUUUAGUUUUUCUUUAUUUUCUCUACUUUCUUUGUUUUACUACAACUCUGCCUGAACUCCCCAUUGGCCUCAUGACUUGUAAUGCAUGUAGCUAACCUAUUUCAAGUUGUUUGUUCCUAUGAAAUUUUUAUGUAGCUAUGAUUGUUCAUACAUCAGCAGUCGGUGACAGGGCAACCUCCUACUAAGAUGCAGAAAGAGAAUUGAUCUCUCUUCAUUUACCAGCUUACAUGUAGCACCAGCUUUCUAUAACUGAAAACAAAGGCCUUUUGGAAACUGCCCUUCAAGUAUGCAAGUUUAUUUUAUAAACUUUUUUUGUGUGUAUGUGUUCUUGUAUUCCUUUGUGACACAUACUAGUUAUCAGUGCUUUCAUAUAGAUUCAGUUACAGCUGGUUGUUAUGGUUUUCGCUAAAUCAGGAAAAAGAUCUUUUUCAGUCGCUUUAAUAAAUUAUAUUAUCAAUCCAAACUUGUUAAUUUUUUUGGUGCUUGAGGUGGUAAAGUAAUGCUAGACCCCAAGGAUUUACCUUCCCAAACAAUGUUUAAUUACUCCUGGGAACUUGUAGAUGGACACCCAGUUUGGAUGGAUAGGGUGAAUCUAUUUCUGGGUCUCUACCUGUAUUUGACAUUACUCUCAAUGCGUACAAAUUCUACUGUUCUAUUCACAGGUACACUCCAACAGCCAUAGCUCUUACUGAAAUAUGUAGUGUAAUCAUUUGUCUGUACCUUUGAGGUAUAGCAAGCUAUUACAGGAGACCGUUUACACUUUGUUCCAUUUGUACCCUCACUCUGGGGAAAAUCGACCAACAGUCCAGCCUUUAUGGAUAUUCCAUAUAAAGAUCAGUGGGUAGUACCUAAAUCAUGAACUGUUGUUGGUUAAUUUGGAAAAUUUUGUUAAAUAUUACUUUAAAUAUUUACUUUUUAUUACUGUUCAUUUCAGAAUAUGUGGCAUUGGAAACUUUGCAAAUAUAAAUAAGAUAUUGCUGUUAUAUGCUUUAUAUCAAAAGACCGCCAAAAUUAAAUAUUUUUUAGGAAUUAAAAGUUGAGGGUAAGUACUCAAUUAUAUUUCUUUAUAAAUCCUCUGACUCUAAUUAGGAGAGGAAUUGCACUGUCAUCACUUGGUGGCCCAAUUUAUGCAAUCGGUGGUCUGGAUGAUAACACAUGCUUCAAUGACGUGGAGCGAUACGACAUAGAGUCUGAUCGCUGGGGUACAGUGGCUCCCAUGAUCACUCCUCGAGGGGGAGUUGGGUCAAUUGCUCUUGUGGUAAGUUAUUCGAUAUGGCUUCCAUUGUGGUAGUGUUUUUUACUUUUAGUUUUACCAGGCCAUCCUGAUGUUUUGUUAAAUGCUGUAACAAGAGUGUUUAUGCAGUAAAUACCGAACCUAUGCUAGACUUUAGGGUGGGGGACGACCUUUCUUGCCUCCAUGAGCACACAUAGUCUGACCCUUUUCGUAUGUGUAUAUCUCUAGAAACUGUGUUAGAUUUAAUGGAAAUGUAGUCGGUGUUUUACCAGAAUGCAAACCUUAUUACGGGUUUCAGGUAUUCUUCUUUAAACAAACAAUUUCAGUGUGCGUGACUCGUUACAUAAAGGGAAACAGAGAAGGGUGCAAUUCGAUCCUUGGCCUGCAAUAUCUGGUUGGCAAAAUUGUGUUCCUGUAGAUUUAGGUUACAAUGACUGAGCAUCCAUGAUUGUUGCUGUACCUUCCAUACACAUCCUAAUGAUUUCACAAACCAAUCAUGUCAAACACAUUUCUUUUUAGAAGGCAGCAGCCACUUGCAGUAUGGCAACGAAGACUAGGAAGAUGAAAAUAAAAAUAAAAAAGUCGCCUUUUUGUUAUAUUGCUAUUUUGCUAGCACCAUGAUUACAUGCAGUAUCAUUCGCUACAGAAGUGUCUCUAGGGUUGUGAACAAUAUUGCCAGAUACUAUGUCUCAUUGAUGUGUCCAGUUGUACAGGAAUUCAUUGAACAGCACAAAUGUAUAGAGAUCCAAAUCAAUCACCCAGAUGUAUCUCUGAAUGUAUGUGGGGUUCAAGUAGCAAACUACUAAAAAAUGGAAGAACUUUUUACCUGCCCAGUCAGUGGCAAACUGAAUGAUUUUAUGUAAACCAUUUCUUGCAGCGGUCUAUAAUAUUUAUGGUUAGCUACUGGUGGAAAGGCUGGGGACUCUUAUUUUUUUGCCAAUUUUGUAUUUCAGAACCAUGUGUAUGCUGUGGGAGGAAAUGAUGGAGUUGCUUCCCUCUCCAGUGUGGAGAAGUAUGACCCACAUCUAGACAAGUGGAUUCACGUCAAGGAAAUGGGCCAGAGGAGGGCUGGAAAUGGAGUGAGUGAACUGCACGGCUGCCUCUAUGUAGUAGGUAAGUGAAGAAGGUGUGUGUACGGUAUGCUCCGAGCACUCUUACCUCGUGCCUAGUCUUUGCACUCACAGAUUUACACCCACUAUCACAGGGUUGUAGAACUUCAGACUCCUAGUUGUUAAUGAAGAAUGAAUCCCUGUCAGCCACCAAACUUACAGCUUUCCAUUUGUUUUCUUGGCUGCAGCUGGACCUAGACAGAUGGCUUUACUAUCAAAGCCAGCCAUGAAGCAAUAAUACACGCUGAAUCCUCUCUGCACUCUGACACUAGAAGGAGGGGGGAGGAGGGGGCGGGGGUGCGUAUUAUCCACUAAACACUGAGCUGUGUUGAGUUGACAACUGAAAUAAAAAAAAAACAUGGCAAAUGUUCUCCCUCUGCUUUCUGGACUACCAUUUUGCAGCAUGGUGUAGAACUCAACAGGGUGUUCACACUAAACUGGGUAUUGAGGAGAAUCAAUGAGGGAUUUAAGCCAAACUGGGGUGGUGGGAAUCUCUAUUUCAGGUACACUCCUAGCUCUAAUAUUUUGACCUACAUUUGCAGUUCCCUUUGUCAGUUUGUUUCCAUUUCAAGUUUAGUGUAUAAUUCUCAUUAUUAAGUGGGGGGACGAUACUUUGUUGACUGGCUGACUGCUUCCUGCGGCUAGCCAACAAAGAAUGUGGCGCUGCAACACUGGAGUCGAAUAAUACGGGUAUAUACAGAGAGCAGAAGGUGAGAAAUUACACUUGUCACUUCAGUGGAGGUCUUGUAUAGAUUAAUUGACUUAAAUCCACAAAUCAGAUUUGCGGGUUAGAAAAUAUUAAAAUAUAUGCACUGAUCAAGUCACGACUCUUGCAUGUAAUGCUGUACCUUGGUGCAUCUGUAAAUAACAGACGGAGAAUUGUGUGCAGCAAAAUCUUAUUCUACUGCUGCUGUUUGUAACAUUCAGCCUGGAUAAGAGUCUUAGAAGAUUCUACAACGGCUAUAGUGCAAAAUGCUAGCGAUCAUUGGUUCAAAUUGGUGUAAGAGCCAUUGUGUCUGUAUUCCCUUUUCCAAAGAUCCGCAUUUUACAGAGUACCUGGGUGGGACUAUUACUGUGCCUGGUAUUCCAGCUUCAAACAUUACUUUGCCAAUAAGAGAUAAAGGGCCCCCGUCAUGGUGCAAGCAGAUGGAAAUUUGGAGUACAUAGCCUUAUUGUUACAUUUAAAUACCUCUGGCAUAACUCGAUUGUGAAUAGUAACUUGUAUAGCACUUCUCUCCCACGUAUAUUCAAAAUAUACUAAGCCUAUGGCUUUCUGCAGUGACUUGUGCUUGGGCCUAAAAUUGUCUGAUGUCAAAAAAACAAAAAUCCAUGUUUUCCAUCAUGUUGUUUGACUCGGGAAUCUCACUGUUAAUAGUUUUGAAUUUUUUUAUUUUCUUGAGGACAGAAUCUCCGUUGUUUCAUGUUGGAUUGUUUGACCGUUGUUUGUGUUUCCACACAGGGGGCUUUGAUGACAAUUCUCCACUGAGUUCUGUAGAACGAUACGAUCCUCGCACGAACAAGUGGGAAUAUGUUGCAGAGCUCACUACCCCUAGGGGCGGAGUUGGCAUAGCAACACUAAUGGGGAAAAUCUAUUCAGUGGGUGGUCAUAAUGGAAAUGCUUAUCUGAACACAGUAGAAUCUUACGACCCCUUAAUGAACAGGUAAUUGUACACUGUACUUAUUAUACAUGUCUGUUCUUCUGAAUUAUACUGAAAGGCGAUGCUGCAGGUUUCCUCUCUGCAGGGGUGCUUGGAUGUUUUGAUACAUGAUCUUAGAGCAAUUUUCUCAAUCUUACUGCAGAUGCACAGAAUCUGAAACAAACUACUACUACUACUCACUAUAUGCUAACAUUUUCUUACUUAAAGGAGCAUUCUGCAUCAUAAUCACUACAAUGAGUUGUUUAGUUUAUAGUGUAAAGAGUAAGGGUACCAUCAACUAAUCUGUGUCCGUUUUUGUGACAUUUCUCCUUGCUAGUCCACCUCUGCCACCCAUAGUGAAGCAGAGGAAUCUGGGUGUAAAAAAGUUGUAUUAGUGCUUGGAGUGUUUCUUUACAAAUAUUACCCCUUUAACCAACACCCAAACAACUCCUCCUCACAGGGUCCUCAGGCAAUAAAAGAUAAAUAUAUCUAUAUUUAUGUCUAAUGAAAGUUUGAGAACAGAGAAUUCCUGCUCCUAGCAUAAUGCAAUAAGAUAUACUCAGUGAUUAACACCCUUAAAAAGGGCAGAAAUAAUUAUGAACGGGUGAUGGCAAUAUUACCUUUUUACCCUGUGCUGUGAGCAGCAUAAACAGGAGCUCACAUUAGGGAUCGACCGAUAUUGAUUUUUUUUUUUUUUAGAGCCGAUACUGAUAAUCUGUGAACUUUCAGGCCGAUAGCUUAACGAUAUUCUGUACAUUUACCGUUUUGAGAAAAAUUUAUUUUUAUUAAGUGGUAAAUGCUCAAAAUACAAAAUCUGCCAGUCAGAUUUUUUUGUAAUUUUUUUUUUAUGUUUUCAAAAUAUUUGUGUGUGGGUAGUGGAUGCAGUGUGUUUGUGUGUAAAUAUGUGUGGUAGGAACUCCUCCCAUUCCCCUUAAUGUUCCUCUCCCUUAUAUUUUAGUGCCCCUCCCCACCCAAGUGUUCCUUUUCCCUUCCCUGUACCUUAAUAUCCCGUCCCAUCCCCCUGAACUGUCCCUUAGUGUUUUCCCCCAUUGUGUUCCUCCCCCCUUCCCCGUCCCAUUGUGUUCCUCCCCCCUUCCCCGUCCCAUUGUGUUCCUCCACCCUUCCAUGUCCCAUUGUGUUCUUUCCUCCCCCUCUUCCCUGUCCCAUUGCGUUCUUUCCUCCUCUGUCCCAUAGCAUUCUUUCAUCCUCCGAAAGUGUAACUUCCCCCUGUCUUGUCUCCCGCAGUACAGGAGUUUGUCUCCUGUACCCGGCCGGAGUGACAGGAAGUGCUCUCUCAGUGAGCACUUCCUUUCAGUCCGGCCAGGUACAGGAAACAUAAGUUCCUGUACCGCGGUACACACUGCUCUGCUCGGCAACGCUACACAGUGUGCCUGGCAGGAGGUAGCGCUGUGUGCCCACCUCCUGCCGGUCACUCCAAUCUAACGCUCCCUAAGGUGGCCACUUAUGCCCACCUCAUUAUCGGUAUUAUCGUCCGAUACAAAAAAAAUCGGAAUAUCGUAACGAUAAUCGGUCGAUCCCUAGCUCCCAUAGAUGAGGGCAUUAGUAACACAAGAAAUUGUAUAUUGUAGUUUUGACUUGAUCUAGUACCGAUUUAAAGGUGAAAUGCUGGGAAGUGUUAUGAUAAUGAUCACAGAGCCAUUUAAUGAGUAUAGAUAUGUGCCAGUUGUCUGUUGUCACUAGGAUAUACAGUACCCUGUCAUGUUUUUGAAGGAAAUUCAGUAAUUAAUUUUUUUUAUUUUAUUAAUAAAGUAUGAAGGGGUGCUCUAAUGUCACUGUACAAGCUGUAUGUGGCUUUACUGCACAGCUAUCACUCCAGACAUGCAGUAUUCUGCUUGCAUUGCUACUGCUUUCUUCUCCUCACUGCAGGGCUAGCAGUUUAACUCAGUCUGGUGUGUUAAAACAAAGGAUAAUUAAACAGCAUGAGCGUCCCACAAUCAGCAGGCGCAGAGGGUGCAUUAGACCUUACCAUUGGAAAGCAUUGAAUCGGUACUUUCCUAUGGGGGAAAAAAUCUGAUGCUGGGUGUCUGCGUGCAGAGCGUGAGGACGUCCAGCAGCAGAUACCGGUCUGUUUCGAUUCAAAAAGCCCUCUAGUGGCUGUCUGGUAGACAGCCACUGUGGGCAGACUUAGUGCUGCUAUGUAAACUAAGUGCAAAAAGGACACUGCACCCAGACCACUUCAAUUAGCUGAUGUGAUCAGGGUGCCUACAGUGUCCCUUUAAGAUAAAAAUCUUUAUGGAAUACUCACAUUGACUGUGUGGUAAUUUCACUGAAAUUCCAACACAUUCAAAAGAAAAACAUACUGAGACUAAUACUUAGUUUUUUCCUAACAUUUGACAAAAAGCGGAGCUAUCUUUUUUUUGUUAGGCCUGAAGUGUCACCAGGGAUGGCUGAGGGAAUACAAAUACUGUGGUCUAUGGUGGAUCCCUUGAGACUGCAGGAUCUUCAAUAGACCGUGUUGUACUCUCGCACAUGCGUGAGAAUACAAUACUGAUGUGGACUUAUAGCAGCAGCCACAUGAAACCAGUUUAAGCAAGUAUAACUCUACUUCCCCUGCACCCCUCGGCAACCAGAAAUCGAAUGGCAAAGUCACUGCUGGGUGUCUUUGUCACCAUCUGGAGUAAAUUGCAUACUUUGCAGAGACUCUUUAACCAUGUAAAACAAGUAAUGCUAAUUAAUAAAACAUUCUGUAAAAGUAUGGAGUGCUUGCAUAUUUUAUCUGAGGGAUACAUCUAUAUUGCCUUCCAAGUUUAUCGUGUAGACAACCAGUCAUUUGAUUUACCCGGUCUACUCACUUUUUCUUCCUUUUUUUGUGCAGAUGGGAAAUUGUGGGUUCCGUAGCUCAUUGCAGAGCUGGGGCUGGUGUCUCUGUGUGCGCUUGCAUAUGUACACAAAUUAGAGAUGUCGGCCAGGGAUCCAGCAAUGUUGCUGACUGUAUGUGAUCCACGCUCCCAAACCACUAACUGGUCCUCCAGUGAAGAUGCUGUACAUGAAACUGAAAAUCAAGGUCAAUGGGUUUUGUGUUUUGGUUUGCUUUAACCAAAACCAAUCUAAUACAAGUUUUCUUGUUUGGUUUUGGUGCUAAAAGGGGAAUUGUUGGUCUAUGACUGCUUCUAUCCCUCCUCCCGCUUGAAAUUGCCUUUAGAAUUUAAACAGUUAAAAGAACAUGAGGAAAGUUACAGAAAUAUUUUAAGCAUCACGAUCUGCUAUUUUGGUAUUUUACUGAAUAUAGCUUGCAGGGGGUAGGAAAAACCAUCCUUAUUGUAUCACUAAGUAAACGUCAAAUCAUUUAUAAUCUAUAUUUUUCCAUCUGGAGACCUUGUUGUUUAAAAAGCUAAAUGAAGGUUGCUCUCUUGACACAUGUUCUUUUGUGAUAAUGCGUGGAUAUUAUGUGUUCACAUAGCAUUAUUAGUGCAUAUUUGUAAAACUAAUUUGUGUUCUGUUCAUAGGAAGUAUAAACCUAAUUUUAAGUUGUUUUUUUUUAUUUGUUUUAAUUUAUUGAAGUGCCAAAUUUUUUGCAUAAAGCUUCACAAUUGAUGCUUAAAAUGUGUAUAUAUAUAUAUAUAUAUAUAUUUUU